GGGGGAGACAAGGGGUGGAGAGUGAAAAGAACCAGAGGGGGAGGAGGGAGAGAGAGAAAUUGCAGACAGCAGCAGAAGCAUUGCUCCAACGGGCGCUAAUCACUACAGUCCCAGCCACCGACCAAGGGAGACACAGCCACCCAGACUAACCCAGGCAGGCAGUAGCCAAGCAGGGAUCUCUGUGGCACCAGGGCACACAAAAACACAAGGACAAAAACAGGAUAUUCAACAAGGUAAGGAGAAUAGACUUUACAGCACACAUAUACCCUGAGCUGAUUGCAAAUGAAUCACUCCAUUUCUAUGUGAGCAGCUGGAAGCCAGCUUGGGCAGAAAGGGGGACAUGCCCCUCUCUGUCUCUGGUGUUAGAAGAAAUGGACUAAAUGGUCCAGUGGAAAAGGAGUGUUAUAGGGUUCAUUACUUCACUUGUAAAAAAAGAGACCUGUCUUUAAAUAAAAGCCAUAGCCCUUGACAGAAAAGAGGAACUGCUCACUGUGUAAAGAUAUGUCUACUUAAUGUGUUUUUUUUGGACGUAACUGAUAAGUGAUAUAUGGUGCACUUACUUCUACAGCCAAAACACAUGUAUAAGUAUACUUAGAAUAGUGAAGGGGUUAUAAUAAGAGGGAGGUUUGGGGUAGUAUAACUGGACGUCACUAUCCCUGUGUGCAAUAAGCUGUGCAUUCUCGUUAAGGGAUCUGGACAUAUUAAUCCCCAAUCUCCCCAUGUGAGGAAGGAAUGACCUAAAUACUGUUCUUUUUCCUGCGUUCUUUGUCCGGGGCUGUUCACAGCCUCUUAUAUUGUGCUAGGGCAAUAACCAUCAUCAUCAUCAAUCUGGAUCAUGGAAUAUGCGUCUGGGCGUUUCUGCUGCAUGUGUGCGCUGGCUUGUCAAUCGAAGGAAUGGGUUAAUGGGGACAUUACUAUGGUCAUAAAUCUGCCAGCUCUCACAGAACGUUGGAUAGAAUUCAGUGUUCUCUAGUAAUUGUCUAUCUGGAGUGCACUGAUCACUAGACACCCAGCUCUAGAUAUGCAUUGCUGGAUGCAGCCCCUAUGCAUAUGCAACAGCUGGAUGGAGUCACAUGCAUCUGUACAGGGACAUGCUGCAGCCAUCAUUAAUUGUUCUGUGCAAUCCUUUAUUAUUCUUUAGUUACUUUUUAUUUUAUGAUAUGGACACAUAUUUAUAAUGUUAUUUCUGUUUAUCAGGCAGAGCUUGUGAAAGCAAUAUGAUCAUGCUUUAGAUAACAUGAGUUAUGCAUGCUAGCCAGAGGGGAACUGAAACUGUGAAUAUAUAUAUUUAUAUUGACUAAGCAAUUACCGACCUAGAGGAUUAAAAAAAAUCCUGCUAUGUAUGAUUUGUGAUAAUGAGAUAGCCAGUCACUGAAUGAUGAACACUGCAGUGGACAUGAAUGAGACUUUCCUGUAAUUACCAAUUCCUUUGUCUUUGACUCACGCAUGCCCAUAUGAAUGGGGCGUGGUGACUGCUCUCUCCUACACGUAGCUCUCCCUGGUACUCACAGCAAGACAUGGCCAGUAACAAAAAGAUGCAUUCACAGUUUGAGCAUCCACAAUAGAUAUAUUGCAUCAGUUACAAAAACCGGGUUGUUUUAUAAAAAGGUGGAUUUUGGGGGGGAGGGGAGUUUGGUUGUAAAAUUGACACCAAACGGAGAAACAGUCAAAAAUGUUUAUUUUAUAUAGGGUAGAGUUCAUCUCUCGCUCUAUACCAUUCUCUUUUUGUUUUUAAAUAAGGUGCAUUAGUGAUUUUGAAUGCUUUCACUGAUUGCUUGAAUAGCCCAUUGUAGACGUAGCUCCCCAACUUAAUAAUUGGCAAUUUAAUACAAUUUUAGAUUAUUAUAAAACAUAAAUCAUUUGUUGGUUUUCCAUUUCCCCCCAGUUAGAGAUUUAGAAGCACGUGUUGAGUCAACCAUAAAUCAUCUGAAUGACAGAGAUGGCAGGGCAGACUUGCUCUGUGUAAGAACAUACUGUACACUACCAUUUGCAGAAAAUGGCUGCUUUUCUCCCGACUACUUUUCCCCUAGUACAAAAAUGACACAUAUGGGAAGCUGAUGCAGUUCGUGUUUUACAAUGGAUAUUCUAUUGUUACUAAGUAUUAAACAUGCUAGGAAAUACAUUAAAACACAAUGUAUGGAGAGAUGAUUUGGGUGCAAAGUCCUGACUUUUACAUCAUCAAACCUCACAAAUCUUUUUUUUCUGAAAAUGUAUUUUUGGAUGACAAUGCCUUCUCUUGAAUUGAUUGUAAUGGCAUCUCAAAUCUCAAAUCUUGGUGGCCUUGGUUCCUUGGUAUGUUUAGAUUAACCCAAACUGUUACAUUUAACAGUUGUGACCACAAACCUUUUACCAAAAUGGUUUUACUAGCAAUGUUAUACAUAUAUUGAUUGGAAAUCUAUCAUGCAGAAAAUACAGUUACAAUAAACAUGUUUAAGGCUAAUAUAUUUGCAUACUUCCCAGAAGCAAUACUAAACACGUUACCCAUCCAAAUAUAAAUCUAACAGUGAUCUAUUCUCUUAUUGUACUACUUACAUUUGGCAUCAUAUGAGCAUUCCAUUGAAUAUUGUUUAAUGGAUUUCAAUAGGAUUGGUGGUUCUGAUUACUGUCAUUUAUGUACAUGAGACAAUUUAGAUACUAUAGCUGUAUGAAAAUCAAAUAUGAGGCAUGAUAAAUAUAUCUUGUGACAAUAACACAAAUGAGCUCAUUGUAUAAAAGAAUUACCUAUUCCUCCCCAACAUUAUUGUCAUUAUCAUGCUAAGGCCCAAAAAUAUAAAUGUGCAACACACCAUUUUUGUAGUAUGCAUACCAACUAAUUGGAUGACUGUCACGUCAAAAAUCCAUAAAAUUAACUCUCAAAUGAUAUAUCUAUAUUUAAACGCAACACUGUAGCAGCUGGCAGACAACUUUCUUUAAUUUUUAGUGUGCUCUAAGCAAAUUCAUAUGCCGCCUGUUGGGAAAGCUGGCUGUAGGCAUUAUCCAAAUUGUGAACACCUGCAAUUAUUUGAAGGGGAAGUAACCAUGAAUAUCAUCCCAUUAAGUUUUCUCAUGAUAUGCUGCUAUGUAUAAACAUAUAUUUCUGAUAUGCCUAUUAUUCUGUGUCGAUGGCAGCCAUUCAUUGUCUGACUAUAUUUACAUGGCAAUAAUGGUUAUAAUAAUUUUGAGUUAAAAAACAUCUUGACAUCUACUUUAGGGUAAUUUUUGAAUGUGUUUGUGAGUAGUUAAAUGGUACAGGUUUAAAUGACUUAAAAUGCAGUAAAAUACAUUUAAAAAAAAUAUAUGCAUAUCUGUGUAAUGAAAUGGCUCCAUUUGCAUUUGUAGCAUAUGAUUUCAUGAAUCCUGCAGUGUUUAUAAUACAGGUUGCUGCCAUUUGUGAAGUGUUGUACGGGGGUGGAUAAAAUGAGGAAACGUGAUAAGAAGUAGGGCCACCAUGUGCCUUAAUCCUUCUUGGAAUGCUGUCAUACCAGUCCUGAUGUGUAAUAUCGCACUAUAUUUCAAAAAGAAAAACCUCACUCUGCAAUCUAGCACUACCUGUGGGCUUGUGUUUUGAACAAUUACUCCCCAAGAUGGUUGCCGGUAUCAUGAUAGAUCUUUCACCACAUUUAACAACUGGAAAAAUAUAUGGUACCCUUUGACUUUCUCUAAACAUAAACCUAUCUGGAUCAAGAAAACAGUUUGAAAAAUAACUUACUGCAAAACAGUACUUGGAGAAAUCAAAUAAUUUGUAAUUAUUUCACCAGUUAUACUUCUUUCUGUGUUGACAAUGAAGUGGUUAUUCAAUUACAACGCUACCUUAAUAAUUAAUUUGGGGUUGCUUAUAAAGUGCUGUUUUUGUUGGAACCGGGUAAUAAAGGUGCUGUUUCAGAUAUGUGGGGUUUAUUCACUAUCUUCUGAAUAGUAGUAAGUUUAAAACUGAAUUGCAAAAUUUGUGCAAAUAGUGUUGAUUUGGAGCCUACAUUUUGCAAUCUGGUAUAUCAGUUUUUUACAAUUCUAAAAUUAUUGAAUAAACCCUGUGUGGAUUUUUGAGGUUACACUUUUGUGCCAUUAGCAACCAUCCUCUGACUUGUCCAUCUUUCCCUGUCAAUGAACUCAGAAUUGUGACAUCUGUUCCUCUUUGCUUAUGGAGUUUGUCCAAGUAUGUAGUUUGCUGUCAUUAGUGACAUUUUCCAGUUUUGUGACAUUGCACUUUACAUUCAAGCACUGUCUUUGUGGCAUCUUUGGAACGAUGUCAUCUCAUGUUAUCUUGAAAACUAAUAUUUGCCUCAAUUUAAUGAGUUUUCCAAAUGAUUCAAUACUGUUAGAAAAAAACUUUCCAAAACAAUAUAUCUGUUGAAGUCACUAUUGAUGUCUAUGGAGAUUUUUGUAGAUAAAUCAUUUGGAAAGUUUUUCUAACAGUGUUUAAUCAUUUGGAACUAUUACUAAAUCAAGACCACAGUUAGUUAGCCAAUUAGUAAACCUUUUAUAGUUACUAACAAAUAUAAUUAAUAGGCAGUCAUCCUAAAAUUACAUAUUUUGCAGCUGUAUUUGUAGUUUCUUUUUAAGGAACACACUAUAAUGUUAGGAAUACAAACUUAUUUCUAACACUAUAGUACUGGAGUACCUGUUUAAGUGUACGCCCUCCUCAGAAUGGAUUUAAAAGACAAUUAACUUAAAUUUUUUCCAUCACUGCUCUGGCCUUGCCUUGGCUUGCCCCACCUCCUGAUGAUCUUGGACAAUCCAAUGCCCAUAGGAAAGCAUUGAAAGGCUAUUGCGCAUGCACGGCAAAUUGCUGUGAUGCAUCAUUCAGCAUCUCCUCACAGGGAUGCUUUCAAUCAAUGGCUCUAUGGGUAGUGUUCAGCAUCUCCAUGCAGAGCGCGGAGAACAUAGGUGCUGCAUUCAGUGCAGCACUGAUAUAGGAACCAUGUGUGACUGCACUUAGAGGUGUUAGUAGGCAGCAUUAUGAAGACCGCCUUUUCCCCUUGUGAUGUAAUCAAGUCACAGGACAUUGGUUCAAUCAAAUGUUUCUCAUUUAGAAGCAUUGUGCCCCCUAAGCACAUGCACAGCUCUCACCAUGAUCCAGAGAAUCAUUGAAAGCAAUUAUUAUCUAUGAAAAGCUGUGAUUAUAUGAUUGUGCAUGUGCACAGUGUGUGCGCUCACAAGAGUUGAGUUGAUUGUCAGUUCAAAAUAAAACACACAAUACUGGAGCGCUUAGUAUAUAAAAACUCUAUAAGGGCAAAAAUAGAGCUAUUUAUAGGUUAUAUAAGUUCCCAAAUAUUAGAUACUAGCUACCACACUUCAAAGUGAUCCCUUCACCACAUAUAGAGUAUUCAAAGUAUAGUAUUCAGAAGUGGAGCGAUAUCAAGCAACAGUAAGCCCUUCUCCCACAUGCAACAGAGCCUUCAAAAGGAAAAGAAAAAUACUUAUAUUUCUCACUGGAUGGUAUUCCAAUUCAUACUCAGCAUGCAAGAGAAAAAUAAAAAGAUCAUAGAACAGAUCUGUAUAAAUUACUUGGUACUUCUUAGAUAGUGCUAAAUGUCACAUGUAAUUACUUGAUCAUCUGGGUAUUAAAUAAUUUAUUACCAAUAUGUAACAAUAUCAAAUAUAAAAACAAGCUAUAAAAGCAAAUAUAAAACACAAGCAUAAAGCAUGUCACUGCUUAGUUAACAUACAUAAAGCAGGUCAUUGCUUAAUACGCACACAUAAAGCAGGUCACUGUUAAAUACACAAACAUACAACAGGUCACUGCUUACUAGAUGGGAUGGUGAGUAAAACGGUAUAUGUUCCCGUUACCCACAACCAGGCUUUCCCACACUGGGAGAUGUCUCCUAUGUUAAGGGGUCAGUGGAGUUCCUUUGGUGCAGUCCGUGUAGCAUGCGAAUUAUCAGCUGCUAAUCUUUCAAAAGUCCCGGCUUGUUGAUAGGCUCCGCCCCCUUAUCAACGUGUUUCCGUGUCUACGCAUUUCUCCGUUCACAGACUGCUUCGUCAGGACUUAAUGUGCUAACCUGACAAAGCCGUCUGUGUUCAUUCAAUGCAAAGACCCGCAUCCUCACAUGUGAAAGUGCGGUUUUCAUUGCUAUCACACCACAUAAAUUCCACCAACUGCAUGGCAGCACUUUCAAGCCCUAACCACAGUUCACAAAUGAUUUUGCAUUCAUCUCAAUAGGGUCCACUGAUGUUGAAUGUCACUAAAUGCGAGGGAUGAUGUUAACACACCUGGUUAAUAUUCCUGUUAGUUACCCCAUGCUGGGGUAUACACUGAUACACACAUUGUUAUAUGAACUGUUUAUUGAUAGAGGCACUCGGUAUGGCAGAUGCAUAUUUAGCUGGAUAACAAAUUGCAGACUUGGUGAACUCACAUUGAAGACAAUUUUAUAAUUGCUUUAUAUUUAUCACUUUGACACCAAUCCUUAAAUCUCCAUUGCUAUCCCAGUGCUUGCCAUAUACAAAAUAAUUAAAGUGUGGGCAGUCAUUGGAAAGGCAAAUUAUUCUCUUCUUGGUUCAUAUAAAAUUAGGCUGUAAGGUUUACCAAUUUGCAUGCAUUAUUCAAAAUAAGUAUCUGGUGACAAGUGACAGCAACAUGUACAAUAAACAGUGCAGCUUAGUGCACUGUAGGGGACUGGUAGAAGCAUUAAUAAAUUAUAUUUCUACAUAGAUUUCUUUAAAUCUUGAUAGUUAAAUAUGAGUUCAUUUUUUGAUGAUUUGACUGGGCAGGUGCUAAUGACUAUGAUUGUCACACUCACGUCAGGGACGACAGAUUCCACCCCUUGAGACACGCCUGGUUUUCUGAAGAAACACACUGCUCAGUGAUACUCAUGUCAAUUACAUUGUAAACUGACAGCUUCUAAAACUAUUGCAGAUAUGCAGAUAUUGAGUUUCAAAUGUAACCCCAAUUAUCUCUCCUGUUCUUGUUGGACACUCACUGAAAUCAUCUGGCGUUUUAUGGCUGGCUGAAAAUGAUGGGAGCUGUAGGUCCCCAAGCAAUAUGUCCAUGUGUGAGAAAGAUGGAUUUAAACACUGGAUUUAAGUAAUCAUACUGAAGUUAUGUCACUCAUUUAUCAUUAAUAUAGAAAUAAAAUGCUGAAGUGCUUAAACCUAUUAAAUAUGCAAUGUAAUACAGCACAACAUAGAAACAUUGUUUAGCAUCCCUUAUUGUACAAUAUGUUUGAACUAGAAUUUCUUAUCUUCUACUCUGUUGAUAAUCUGUUAGAGCCUGCACCAGACUUUUGUGUGUGAUUAAAUUUCAGCAUAACAGGAGAUAUGAACUUCUAAAGUAAACAUACUGUGCAUACUGGAAUGAAAACAUUUUUGUCAUUGAGGCCGCUUAAGGCACAACAAGGAGAUGUGUGGCUAGGGCUGCAUAAACAGAAUCAAAAGUGAUAUAACUUGUAAAUGACAGAGAAUUGAGCAGUGAGACUGUAGCAUAACUGCAACUCUUGUGACUCUGAAAACCGUUGUCAGGAGGAUUAAGGGGCUGUGAUGCAGUGAGGGCCAUAGGGUCAACCAAAAGGACUGCCAGGUCAGAUUGGUGUGAAUGCACACCCGGAUACCGGAUACCUGUCCAUCAUCCAGGCCAGCCCACUGAGGGGAGACUCUAUAGGCAGAACUGCUUCUGUGCUCUCUGCAGUAUUCCUAGAGUGUCACUUUAAUGUAUUCAUUUAGUAGAUAAUAGACUGUAAGCUCAUUUGAGCAGAGUCCUCUUCAAUCUAUCGUUCCUGUAAGUUUUUUUGUAAUUGUCCUAUUUAUAGUUAAAUCCCCCCUCUCAUAAUAUUGUAAAGCGCUACGGAAUCUGUUGGCGCUAUAUAAAUGGCAAUAAUAAUAGAUAGAUAGAUUGCAUAGAACAAACAUAGUUACUAUAGAUAAUUUUCAACCUUUGCUGAAACCCUUGUUCUUACCAUUCAGCAUAUUUUCUGUCUCUUGUAACUUAUUCUUAACAUGUCAUAGGUUUUAAUGUUAUCUACCAGAUUAAUGUGCCUAUAAAUGUCUUGUAAGCAUGAUACAAUGCAUUCAGUAUGCCAUGUGUCAGGAAUAAAAGCAAGAAAUGAUUGUGGGGAAAAAAGCAUGGCAAGUCAGAGGAGAGGAUUUUAUGAGACCAUUACAUUGCUUCACUGACAAAAUGGUCGACAACUCUUUAAUUCACACAGUAAAGAUACAACACUGACCAUUCAAUAAUGGGUAGGAGAUAGUAAUGUGCAUUUCAUGACAGUUUACCAGAAUCAAAUCUCCCAAAUAUUAGUGAAUCAAACACAGCCAUCUUCAAUUUUACAUGCUUUGCUUUAUGACCCAAAUACAUAUAUAAACAGAUCAUUGUUGCCAUGGAAGCGGAGCUGAACAGAUACUUUGACUGAAAAACACAGAACACAGGAGAAACAGAAUUCUCACUUUACAAGCUCUUUUCUUAUUUUCUUACUAAGAGUUUCUUAUUAGUAGCUUUCAUAGGUUUGCAUUUUAAUCUCAAGAAAGAACAAAUCAUUUGCUGUGUUAUAUCAAUGUUUGAAAUGCAGUACUGAAUUCACGACAAUGGCCUGUUCAUGUUUGUUCAAUACAAUCUGUGUUAUCUUGUGCAACAUGUUAGACUAUAGCAGAACAGCCAUUUUGUCUUUUCUUAUUUGAACCUUAUAAGCAUGUCAUGAUUUGUAGCAAUUCAAGGGCAAAACAUAUUUUGAUUAACAUGCUGGUGGUAACUCAUUUUAAGUUCCUAUGCAUAUUGCAGUUAUAACAAUAGAGCCUAGAUAUUGCUUUUCAAAAUGGUAACUACAAUAUUAAUAAAACAUGAACAUGUUUACACAUCAUGUUUUUGCCUAUAUAAAUUACAAAUUACUUUUCUUGAAUUGGCACAUAUAUAUUGUAUUAUAAUAUAUAUGUUUAUGGAGUUAGUUCUAUUGGGCGUGUACUUGACAUCAUAUAUAUUAGAUUAGAUUUGACUUUAUAUUACACACACAUCCAUCCAACCAUCAAAUAUGAAUACACACCCUUCACUUUUCUGAUCAAAUAGAAAUACUCACUCUUGUGUCCAUGGUUUCUGAAAUUCACUUUAUUUUUAACCAAAUAUAAAUACUCACUUUUAGCUGUGUCCAUUGUUAAUUUCCAAAGAUGAAUUAUAUUUUUAUCUCCAAAUAUCUAUCAAUCUUUGUCAGAUUGGAUGCAGAAUCCAUGGAAGUUGUACUGUGGGGCUUUAAACUGCUUGGAACGUUCUUGAAAAUGAUGCCUUGGUGUAUGAAGAAUUUAUAUGCUCCUGGUGUGAAAUCAGUAAUGAAUAGAGUUCCAUAUGGUUACUUUCAAGCACUAUCAAAGGUUCUGUAGAAUAGAUACAUAUCCUUAUGGAAUGCAUUUUAUAUAGGAAAAUCUAUUUCUACAUGAAAGGGACACUUCAAGCAUGCUGCAGUGGUUAUGGUGAUAGGAGUGUCCUGGCCCCUAACAUGUGUUCAAAGCAUUUUAGAACAUAUGCUUUCUGAUGGAAUCAGCCGACACCAUCAGUCAAUGAGCUAACCCUGAAUUGCAGUGUUAACUUCUUAGGAGUUUCUGACUCUCUGUUGACAGUAGUGGAGGUGGACCCCAGAUAAGAAGUCAAACCAUUUUAAAUCAGUUUGACUGCUUACAGGGGUGGUGGUGAGGGGAGAGUUGCUAGGGUUCACCUGGUGCUUGGUAUGUUCCUUGAAGUGUAGACUAGCUUGGGAGAAUGGGGUUUGCCAGUAAACAUGCCAUGAGGAAAUGUCCAUUGCAUGGACAAUAUAUAACUUAUUAAUUAGGACAAUGACAUUAAGUAAAUAGAGAUAUAUACAAUCAAAGACAAAGAGACUGUAAUUGGAUAAAAGGGCCGUGGCAUUUAUUUAAAGGGUUUAAGAGGCAUAACACGUAACCAAUAAAAACAUAACCAAAAUGUAAUAAACCUUAAAAUAACUUUAAAACCAAGCUAAAACUAAUAUAAUCCACCCUGGCAGCCAGAUUGUUAUCUUUGCGGCUCUGUCCACCGCCAAAAUUGAAGGUGACCUUACGCCUUGACUUAAGGCCUGCAACAGAAAAUUAUGAAGGUGAGAUGCUUGUCUUGGUAAACUGAGGGAAAAUGUUUUAGCCAGACAAAAAUGCUGCCCUAUAUAUUACUGUAGUGCUGCACAUGCGUGAUAAACUCUAGCCAGUCACAUAAUCAGAUUUUCGCUCCAUUUGUGCUGUGAUAAUUCAGUAAAAAAUGUCCUAUACCUUUCUCUACCUAAACUACCCGCAAUGGACAGCUUUGCAGUCAUAUUAGUGAUGUGUAUAUUUAUUUCUGAAAGAGAAAUUAAAUGUUCAUAGUGCAACACUGUAAAUAAAGAAUUAUUACAAUCGUAGCUCUAUAUAAGGAACCACUCACAUAUUACUGAGCUUACGGCCAAGCUCAGGGGUAUACGCCUUCAGGUCCGUCAAGGCGACCUUUCCCUUUCUUGUAUCACCAAAAGCGACACCCACGUUGUGGCUAGAGCUCAAACAAAAGUAUAUAUAGUGCAAUAUAGUCUGAAAUCCGUAUUGAUAUAGACAGUAUGUGUAUAUAUACUCACAAGUGUGGAGCCUCCCUCUUAGGCUCUUUUUCAGCGCGUUGUGUAGUUAAGGACUACACUCCUAUAUAGCAGGAACCAAUAGCCCAAUAAAAUUCAAAUAUUUAUGUACAUGUAGAAUUAUUCUCUGUUGCUACCACCUUCUGAACAGGUCUUUGUCCAAUGGCUCUAGAUUCUGCAACAGAGAAUAAUUCUACAUGUACAUAAAUAUUUGAAUUUUAUUGGGCUAUUGGUUCCUGCUAUAUAGGAGUGUAGUCCUUAACUACACAACGCGCUGAAAAAGAGCCUAAGAGGGAGGCUCCACACUUGUGAGUAUAUAUAUACACAUACUGUCUAUAUCAAUACGGAUUUUAGACUAUAUUGCACUAUAUAUACUUUCGUUUGAGCUCUAGCCACAACGUGGGUGUCGUUUUUGGUGAUACAAGAAAGGGAAAGGUCGCCUUGACGGACCUGAAUGCGUAUACCCCUGAGCUUGGCCGUAAGCUCAGUAAUAUGUGAGUGGUUCCAUAUAUAGAGCUACGAUUGUAAUAAUUCUUUAUUUACAGUGUUGCACUAUGAACAUUUAAUUUCUCUUUCAGAAAUAAAUAUACACAUCACUGUUUUGAAAGAAUAACAACAAAAGAAUUGGAUUUCGAUCUGUAUGUAGCGCUUCACCUUUUGUUUUAUGUAUAUGUUUAUGAUUAGUGUAUAAGGAAAGAUUACACAUGGUGAUAUAGCAGCUAUUACUUGAAUAUUGUUAUAUAACGUGUGACAAAUAGGUUUUGUAUAAAGCGCCAGUAUAUUACUAUUUUCUAAUUGCAGUCAUAUUAGCUACCUAUAAAAUAUCAUACAAUUAUGUAAAGCAGGAUUUUUGUUCAGGCAUAAUGUAAUUUUAAAAGUGUUUUAUUCAAUAAAUAAUUAUUUAAAUUAUUUAGUUUCACAAUAUGUUAAAUCAAUGCAGGACAUUGAGAGCAAAAAAAAAAACAAGGUAAAGGAGAAUACUGAGAACGCACAACAGCUCAAAUAGCCUGCCCUUCGGUGGCUCAGAUCUCAAGCUGGUUUUAGCUCAUCUCGUGCCAUUACAAGAAGAACCAAGCUAUUUGCAUAUCAGACUGAUCCCACCCAAAAGGGCAGAACAUCCAAAAUACAGGCCAGCUCUCUCUGCACGUUAGAUACAGCAAGGGGUCCACAUCUGGAUUACCCUUUAAUCGUAGGGAGAGCAAAAAAACUAGGUACAAGAGAAUACUGAGAAUGUACAACAGCUGAAACAGCCUGCCCUUCGUUGGGUCCCUGCAGAUCUCCAGUUAGCUCAUCUUGUGCCAUUACAAAAUGAACCAGUCAAUUUGCAUAUCAGACUGAUCCCACCUAAUGGGAUCAAUGCAAGAAUUUGCAGAUCAUACAAACAUUGCUCAUGCAUAAAUAUCAAUAUUGCAGCCUGGUGGUGAAAACACAUUUUAACUAAAUCAUAUUAAAAAUAAUGCUGCCUAAAUGUUACUAUAGGUAUGGCAAAUACAAUAUUGUCUUGAAUUUUGUUCAUGAGAUUUUUCCGAAAAGGGCUUUGCAGGUAAAUAUUUGAUACCAAGGUGUCAGUCAUCCGCAAAUAUUUAUACUUGUGACUUGAUUAUUUAAAAGACUUUAUUGUUUAGAGAAAAGGUGCCUGCAGUGAAUUGGAUCUCAAGUGGGUUUACUUUCUAAAGAUCCAGUCCUAUAGAGAAAGUGAGAUAGUGAUGAUUGUUAUUUUUUUUUUUUUUUUUUAUAGAAAACUAAUCCUAGUUUUGCAUUGUCAUGAACCCACCAAAUCUGAACAGUUCUCUUUAAAAUAUUAUUAAAAACAAUGGCUGACUUGUCAAAUUUGGCCAGGGUAAAGUUUGGAGAGGGAGAGUUUGGGUUUGGGCUGGGACAAAGUAUGGAUAAUUCCUUAAACAAUGACGUGCCACAGUCGAUGUGCCCAACCAUAAAUGAGAUGUGUUUGUGUAAUACAGGGUGCUUUGGGAAGGCCCCAACACAAAUAAAAAUGCAUUUGAUAGGUUUGGUCCCUGUAUUCAUAGGGAGAUAGCACAGUACUGCUUCUGUUUGUUCAUUUCACAUAUGAGUCCAGUCCUUUAUCCUUCAGAGAGCAAUCAAAUGUUUUCCCCUAGGUAGACUUUUCAGUAUGGAUUUGGGGAAAUGCUUGGAUGGCUAAAUAAACUACUAACUUGUUAUCUACACCCCCCUUGUUUACUUACAAUAAUUUCAUACUAUUUUUUGUGAUUUGUUUUGUUUUAUCCUUUUCUUUUACCUUUCAAAGGGAAUUCCUUUUUCAGUUUGUUAGCCCUCUACAUUCCACUAUGAAGGUAUUGUGGUUUAUUUGCAACACUGACUUGUAUUGGCUCAAUACACACUGUUUACCAGCAUUAUGACCUGACUAACAUAGUGUUUCAAUUGCAAUAUCUUCUGUAUUCAUGUAUAUCUAGCGCCAAUUAUUCCUUUAUCCUUCCAAGAUUAAUACAAUAGGCAUUGGAUUAGAUAAUAACAUAUAUAUAUUCAAGGAUGUCAUUACAACUAGUAAAAGUUUAAAUACAUUGAUAUAUGUGUAUAUAUAUUUUAUUUCAUUUUAUUGACCUCAGAAGGAAUACAUAUUGACAUGACAAUGACAGGAAUCAAACAGCCAUUUUGAAUUGGUACUGAAGUGGUACUAAAGUAUUAACUACUGAGUUACUCAUGGUUGUAUUGUCCAUUUACUAGUUAAUUAUAGUAGUAGAAUAUUUUCACAAAGGCUUAUUUUAAAACAAACAAACAUACAUCUAAGGCAAAGGAAAGGUUUUUUUACUGUAAGAACAAUCAGGAUGUGGAAUUCUCUGCCUGAAGAAGUGGUUUUAUCAGAGUCCAUACAGAUGUUCAAACGGCUACUAGAUGCAUACUUGCAAGAACAGAAUAUUCAAGGAUAUAAUCUUUCAAUGUAGGGUAAUAACUGCUUGAUCCAAGGAUAAAUCUGACUGCCAUUCUGGGGUCAAGAAGGAAUUUUUUUCCUAGCUUGUUGCAAAAUUGUGCUUCAAACUGGGUUUUUUUGCCUUCUUUUGGAUCAACAGCAAAAAACAAAUGUGAGGUAGGCUGAACUUGAUGGACGCAAGUCUCUUUUCAGCUAUGUAACUAUGUAACCAUGUAAUUAUCAAAGUGCACCAACAGCUGAUGAAUGCAUCCCCUCCUGACUAUCCAGGUAGAUUUUACUAUUGUUGAUUUUCAGAUCUGGGAAAGUUUACUAGGGGUUAUUCAUUAUAUGUGUGAAUUGUUGUGAAUGCAAAGAGGAUUCAUGUUAAUUCACUUUGAAUUCCAGACAAUUCACACUUCAGUGCAUACCCCUUACUAUAAUAAGUAUACAGUGGUGUGUUGCAUGUGUUUCCCCCCUAAAUAAUACUGUUUCAUGUUACCAAGGAUUCAAUGCUAUCUCAUAGAUAUCACAUAAUCUCUGGAGUUUUCGACAGAUAUAUGUUGCUCUAACGAUACACUUGAGCUUAAUACUAAUUCACUGGCAAGUUCAGAAAUAAUUUGGAUAUACAUGCUGUGUAAUUUGCAAGAAUAUGGGACAUUACGAGAGGAGCAGGAAGGAAGUAGCUUCCCAUUCCAAAAUACACAUGAGAUAUGAUAUUUCAUGUUUUCUCAGUGGAUAGUAAAAUUAUUAAAUUUGUUUGUGAGACACAAAACAACCACAGCAGACAUAAAAAAAAAAAUAUGUUAAAGGGCAGUAGUUACUUUCAACAGUAGUUUUAAAUCUCAGGGAGGAUAUUUAAUGAACUAAACUAAGCUUCCAGGAUUUUUUUUGUACAGUACAGUUUGAAAGAAUAUAGAAGGAGAUGAGUAUAAAUAAACCUUGUUUAUGUGAGGUACAUUUUGUACAAUUUUAGUUUAAGGCAUAAGGCAUGUACACCCCAAAGAAAAAAGAUGCAGGGUUAGGCUAUGCUGUAGUAUUAUGCAGUUGCAAAACAAAGCCCUCAAAAAAAAACUAAUUUUUUUUUUUAUCUUUGCUCCACCCAUGUGACUCUACAUUUCCAAAAGUAAGAUAACUGAUGCAAAAAAAUACAGCUGUGUGCUUUACACAUAUUUCUUGUGGAGAGGCUUGUGUAUGUAUAGAUCUCUCAAAGAAUCUUGUCAAAGAACACAGCUUCAAGUAGUUUCAUAUAUAGCUACAAAACAUAAAAGUAUUGGUGGAAUGAUCUCUACUGCCAUGGACUUAAAACUUCUGUCCAGAUCUGUAUCAUGCCCAGAGUACUCAGGGACAAUCAAUGACUUAGGCCUUCCUAAAAACAGGGUGCAGAGAUAGGGCCGUGUGGAAAACUAGGCUACGUGAUGUCCUUGCUACAUACAAGGUUGUGAGAGUAUAAUUCAUCUAAGUAGAAUAUAACACUUUCAAGUAUGAAUAGUCAUUCUUGUCUGGCUUCUUAUGAUAACUUGCAUGAGUAACUUAAUUUGUGUUUAUCAUGAGUGAAGUUGCAGAGCUCUACAUUUUAUAAACUAUUACUAUUAAGGAUUUGAGGGAUAUGUGCUUACCUCAAAUUUAAAACAAUUUAAAGGAACAGGGUUGGCUGUCAGAUCUCAGCUAUUUUACUUCCGUUUCUCUUCAGUUGAUGAUGGAGAUAUGCUCCAAAUUAGGGACAUUGUGAAGUAUAUGUUAUGUAUAUAUGUUUUUAUUUUUGCAUUAAAGUGGACCUGAAUAGGAAAAAUGUACUUACCUGAUAUCACUCCCAUACAUUGAAUACACCAUAUAUCAAAAAGAUACAUGAUGUGUUGAAUUAAAAAUAUAAAUAUUUACUCACCUCUCCUCCAUUCUAGGACUGCUACCUUAUUCAUGUAACACUCACCUCCGGGCAGUAAUUCGCUCUGCCUCCUGUCUUCUUUGAUUUGCAAUGCUUGGGGACGCUUCCCCAAGCAGGGCAAACCUCAGUGACUCUGGCUUGCUGGCUUCUUUGCCAGGAUGCCAGCAUCAGAACAAAGUACUUGGGAGAGCAGAAGGACCUCCUGUGGGAGGUCUUUGCUGUACUCCCUUGUCAGUCAAUGCCCCUGCAUUUAGUGUCUGAAAGACAUCGAUUGAGAGAUUGGAGAAAAACAUGUUUUUAAAUAGAUAUUUCUCCCAAUCUAUACAUUUGCUAGCAAAACUGUUAGCUAAAUGGAUAAAUAAAGUUUUAUGCUCUUUCAAAAGAGCAUAAGAAAAAAAAGUGAUUUAGGCAUUCUUGAAAGCGGCUCUGUUACCUCCUCAUCCAAAAUGAGUGUUUCAUAUAGAUAUAAUCUUGCAUGCGUGAGACUACAAAUCUGAUGUCAGCUCCAGGUCAGUAAAGGGCCAGGGGGUGAAUACGACCUGCAAGACGAAAAUGGUGGUGCCCGCGAGUAUAGCUCACUUUUAUCUGCACCCCUUGACUUUCACUCUCUGCCAGUGGAAAAGUCACUGGAUGCUGAAUAUGAAACUUCUGUUUUGUCUGUAGAGUUAAAAAGCCACAUACGUUUUGGUUUCAAGAUGUUAUGAUUGCAAGAUGGGGCUUUAUUAGUUAAAUAAAGUUAGAAAGCGAACAUGUCUGUAUUGUUCUCACACUUUUACUCAUAGACAAUUUGCACCGAAACUGCUCCUUGUUUUCUGGUCUUACACAAUAAUUUAGUUAUUCCUCACACAAAGGCUGUAGCUUGAUAAUAUCUGUAGUGGGGGUUUUUUAUUAUUGCUUUGUCAUAAUUUUACUUUGAAAUAUUCAAUAUAUUACAAAUACAUUUUCCACCAUAACUACUAUGUUUUUUAUGUAGACUAAACAGCUGUAACUUUCUGAAACAGAAUCACUUUUUUAAUAAGUAGUCCUUGUUAAAUAGUAUCAGAAUAGUUUAGCCAAUUGAUUCCAGUUGUGAUUGUACCAGUUGAAAAUUGUUGACAGUUGUAUGUACAGUACAUAAUUCACUGCAUACAAAAAAGUGGCAUUAUUAACAUCAUAAGCAUAUGCCACAUUACAAUAACAUAUUAAAAUCUUUGAUUCCACCUUUACGGGGGAAUUCGGAGUAUCUCUAACAGAGUCAUUCAUUAGACUCUGAAUGUUAACAAAUUAAGGCCUCAAUUUAAUAGUUUUGAUAAUGGUUUUAAAUGAUUUCACAUUUUUGGAUAACAUAUAUCAAGGUGUAAAAAAAAAUAUCAAAUUAUUAAAAUAUUGAAAUAUUUUUUCUAAAUAUUAAAUCAUUUUAACAGUUUAUCAAAAAAUAUUCAAUCAUUUGAGAAGCUUAUCAAAAUAUAAAAUUUUGUGUAUGGCAAACCAAAGGCUUAUGUAGCCAAGUUGUGAAUUUUUCCAAAUGAGCCAUUUUAGCUUAAAUGUAAAUUGUAUGGACUAAAAUUCUGAGUAUAAUAUAUCAGAUACAGUAAAUAGUGAAAUAAGUUCCGGUUCCCUGUUCUGUGGAAAGUUGUACCUCAGAGGCGUAGAGUGAUAAUUUUACGACAUAUUUUUUUUUUUACAAAACUAAAACGUUAAAUUAAGUUUUAGUCCCACAGAUAAUUAUUUUGGUUUAAUACCCCUUAACACUACAGGCUUCUAAUCCAGUGUUGCAAUAUUGGAAACAUGUGAUUUUUUUUUUGUCCUUUUGCUCAGUUCUCUGGUUUAAAAUUGACAAAGAUUGGGUACUAUAUAGAGCACAUGCACAAAUGUCGAAACAUAUUUAUUUCAUAUGUACUUCCUUUGCAAGUGUUUGUCAUUAUCAUUACAACAUAACACAUUGAUAUCCGUCUGACAAAAAAAGCUUUGAUUUCAUAUUUUUGAACAAGUUUUUCAAAUUAUUUCAUAUUUAUGGAUACACUUGUAAAGUUAUUUUAUUAUUAUAUUAUUUUAUUAAAAUAUACCAAAAUUUAAAAAAAUAUUAAUAUAUAAAAAUAUAUAUUUUUUCAAGAUAUUAAAUAAUUUUUUUAAGUUUAUACAACAAUAUUAAAUCAUUGGAAAAGCACAUCCAAAAUUAGUAAAUCAAGACCUUUAUAUAGUAAAAUGUACAGGGUGACAUUAACAUGGGGCACAUUUACGAGCUUUGUUUAACAUGGAGCACCCUAAAUGGAAUGAAUUGGAGCCUGUUUGAAUAAUUACAUCAUUUUUAAUGUCAAAUUUGUCCCUCCUUUUAUAAACCUAUUAUACCUAACACAUGACUGAUAUGUGUAUAACUAUGAUUACAGUGCUUUUUUUACAACCCUGGACAAUAGAUGUGUCAAACAAUUGUUUGCAUUUGACUUAGUGGAUUUAUGGACAUUUGACAUUAAUUAAGCUAAAUAUAUAUUCUCUAUCACAUGCAGACAUGUGCAUCAUUGGAAAUGUAUGGAUAGAGUUCUAAAAGUAGAACAGUCACCUUGGCAACCCAAGUAAUGUUGUCACUGAUUUUUCUUUUACACUGUAAAUUUUGGGAUCACAAAGGAUGUACUGUGGAUUUGCAUAUUAUUCUAAAUUAAUCUAAUUAUUUGAGUCAUUUUAUCUACUGUAUAUUUCAAUUUGCUUAGUUGAUAAUCCAGUGAUAUAUGAAAAUACAAACAUUAAUCUCUAUAGUGAUAUAAUGUUAUAAUGCUAAUGAACUGACAAGUUCGACUGCUUCUUAUCUGAUUAGUACAGAUACGCAAUGUACUUGUACUUACUUAAGUAUAAAAAGUGUGAAAAAUUAAAGUUCUUAUAUACACAAAUACUUGUUUUAACCUCCGUUUAGGUAGUAUGUUCAAAAUGAAUGUUAAUUUAAUGUUAAGUUGGUAUUAAUAGUCUUUAAAAGAAGCAAACUUGUAAUGAAGGGGUUAAUAAGUAAUCAUGUGCUAACAGAUAAAUCAUCUAUGCAAGCAAAUGUUUGUCUCUGUGAUAACAUUGCACGAAAGCAGAAUAUGAUAGCAAUCCUAGAUGGCUCAUUUUCACGAUUGUCUUUAUUUUGGUAUCAAGAUGCAAAACAUGAAGUCAGAAUAUAAAAAAGAUAAGGGAGAAAGAAAAGGAGGAAGAAUGAGUUUAAAGUACCUAAAUAUGUGUUCCAGAAGUCUUGUUUAACAGGAACCAGUACUUUUUAUUGUUACCCUCAGCCUCUAUAUAGAUAAGUAUCUACAUUUACAUUCUUUUAAGGUUAAUGUACGAGUAUCCCAGCCACCUAACUUAUACUCAAUUCCCCUAAAGUGAGUAAUCACCGUAAAGUGUUUGUUUAUUUGGUUCCUAAAUGUCAGUGGGGAUUUUUGUUUGCAGGAGUUCUGUAACACUUCAAUAUAUUAAUUGUAAUGAACAUUAAAAAAAAUGUAUUCACUAUACAAAAUAUAGGUUUUUGAAGAGUACAUAACUGACUGUCAUGUUACUGGAAUAGUUAUUAAUUUCUCUAGGGAUAAAAUGCUUUCUACAGUUUACGCCUGAUAAUCCUGUACAUUACUGGUCAAAAUUCUAUUAACUAGUUCUAACAAUGCUCACGGUGCCUAGAGAGAUAUCAGCUAUGCCUCACUGAUGAUGCCUAACAAGGCUGAAACGAUCGUCUGGGGUUGCUGUAUAUCUCGUGCAGAGAGAACUUGCUGGCAUUUCGGAUCUGGACUGCCUGUAUGGGUGGGACCAGUCUGAUAUGCUUCAGAUAUGUUCUCUCUGUAAUGGCACAAGAUGAGCAAAAAUCAGCUUGAGAACUGAGCGGGGACCCACCGAAGGGCAGGCUAUUUCAGCUGCUGCCCGUUCUCAGUAUUCUCUUGCGACCCAUUUUUGACUCUCCACUAGUUCUAACAAUAGUCACCAUCACCUUGAGCAAAUGACUGACACUUCGUGUAGGUCUUUAGAUCACUCUCAUGUUUAAGUAACCCUGUGCCUAAUAUAGGUGCUGCGUUUUUUUGUAAUGUUAAAUGGGGAAUGUCUUACGUUAUUCCCUGACUGGCUGUGAGACCUGUACAGUGCCUCCCUUUGGUUGUAACAAUUAUGUGCACAAUCUGAAUGGCAAGGUUGUAAAUUUGCAUACUAUGGUUUUAGGCAGGCAAGGGACAUAUUUCUUGUUAGUCUUUGUCUUCCCCAUCCCUUUAUGAAUAUUGUAUUGUAUUAUUACAAUACAUGCCCAUAUGAUUUUGUUAUUUGUAUUGGAUUGAGUGUUUCUCCGUAAUUUGAUGUCAAGCAGGUAAGGGCUUGUCCUGAGUGUAAAUACAGAAUUGUGUGGUAGUUUUAUUGAGAAGUAUGUGUUCUAUCUGGUUUGUUCAGGGAAUCCAGUAGCAAAGCUUUCAGGCCUGCUUGCUGGCUGCACCAUCCUCUGUUCCCGGGGACAUAUCAAGAAAGAGCUAGGUCUGAGAGCCACAAAUGCUUUUGUAAAGGCAGUAGCUGGAAGUAAAACAGACAGAGGGAUUGAUACCUUCCUGGGCAAACUAGAACAGGCUGAGGGGUUGAUACCUGCCUGGGAGACAGAGCAUGUGCAGAAAGAUCAACCCCCGGCAAGAAAAAGCUGGUUGAGCAGUGGGGUUGAUACUUGCCUUGAAGAACAAGUCCUUCCAAAGGCCAGGCCAGCCUAACUGGGAAGCUGUAACUGCUUGCUUGACCUCCGAUCUCGGUAACUGUCUUUGCAAGGCAUUUGCCUUGGAUGGCACUUUCCAGGGGCGGAAAAUUUACGCCGCCCCCAAAUGCCCAAGCAAAUGCCUUGUUAUCCUGGUGGUAGGUGGCUAGCUGAACUCCAGGCAGACAUCAUAUUCCGGUUCCAGGCAUCACUCUAUAGCGUGCCUGUCUUGCUUUCUGCCCAAACAGCCUGAUCAGCAGCCCCACUGGAUCCCAGGUAAAAAAUCCACCCAGCUCUCCCAAAGGUAUAGAAGCUGGGUGGAUUUAAAUUAAAAUUUAAAAAUAAUCUGUGAGUGUAGGUGGGGAAAUGUGUGUGUGUGUCUGACUGUCAGUGUGUGUGUGUGUGUGUGUCUGGCUGUCAGUGUGUGUGUGUGUCUGUCUGUAUGUCAGUGGGUGUAUGGCUGUCAGUGUGUGUGUAUGCCUUUCAGUCUGUCAGUGUGUCUGUGUGUGUAUAUCUGUCAGUGUGUGUGAAUGUGUGCGUCUGUCAGUGAAUGUGUGUAUGUCUGUCAGUGUGUGUCUGUGAGUGAGUGAGUGAAUGUCUGUCAGUGUGUGUCUGAGUGAUUGUGCGUGUCUGUGAGUGAAAGUGUGUGUGUAUAUCUGUCAGUGUGUGUUUGUGAGGGACCCUGUGUGUCUGAGUGAUUGUGUGUGUCUGUGAGUGCGUGUCUGUCAGUGAAUGUGUGCUUGUGUCUGAGUGAUUGUGUGUGUCUGUGAGUGAGUGUGUGUGUAUGUCUGGCAGUGUGUCUGUGAGGGAGCGUGUGUGUCUGAGUGAUUGUGUGUGUCUGUCAGUGUGUGUCUGUGAGUGAGUGAGUGUGUGUCUGUUAGUGAAUGCGUAUGUGUGUGUGUCUGAGUGAUUGUGUAUGCCUGUCAGUGUGUGUGUAUCAGUGAGUGAUUGUGUGUGUGUCUGCGUCAUUGUGUGUGUAUGUCAGUGAGUGUGUGCAUGCCUGUCAGUGUGUGUCUGUCUGGGUGUGUCUGUCAGUGAUUGUGUGUGUCUGUCAAAUUGUGUCAAAUCAGUGUGUGUAUGUCAGUGUAUCUGAGAGUGUGUGUCUGUUAGUUAAAGUGUGUUUUAGUCUUUUACUGGAAGAGGUGUGGCAUUAUCAGGAAGGGACAAAUGUAUAUUAGGGGGUGCCCGAGUUCUGUCAUGCCUAGGGCAGCACAGAUCCAAAAUACACCACUGCUGGUAGGUCUACAUUCCCGGUGGCCUUUAAUCAUGUCCACGGGUUCACACUCUUUCCCUGUUUCCAAUGAUCAUAUAUUGAUGUGCCUACGCUGCUGAACCUGUGGAUUCUCUACUACAAAUUAGGCCUAUUAAUGCAGCCUAACAGCUAUGCUGUUACUUAGUGAGUGGGGCAUUCAAUUCCAUAUGCAGAAUAUUUAAAAACUAGUUUGUUAUGAAGGAACAUCACUAUACUUUUGUUAUUAAGGGACUGAAAAAGGUUGUAUUGUUUUAUAGUAUUUGAAUCACUUGAAUAUAAAAAUAUAUCCUAACCAAUAUUUAUCUCACAUUACUACUUCCUUCCUCAUCUGUUUAGAUUUUAGCGUAGAGGAAAUAACCUAAAAAUAGUUGAACCUCAUAGUUUAGUUAUAAAGUUGUUUAUUUUAAUGUAUACACACUGAAUAUUUUUGUAAACCUGAAAAAAUACAUAGCAGCUAGCUAAUGUAAAUUAGAAAUACUUAAGUAGGGGUGUCUUUUGGUAUUGGGAUUUUAUGCUUUGUUAAAAUAAUUAAAAUAUAGAAAGAUAUAUUAUUUAGAUUUAAAAAAUAUGACACAAAUACAAAUAUGCAAGUAGUGGCCCUUUAACCCAUAUAUUUACAACACUGAAACAUGAUGAUUAGAUUCUCUAAUAAGUUGCAAUGCUUAUAUAUCAAAAGUAGAAUUCUAAUCAUUAGAGUGUUUGUAAUAUCCACAAAGCAAUGAUUUUGGUACACCUUUGACUAGGAGCACAAAUAGGAAUCAAUGGGCCCAUGUGCAAAAAUAAUAGAAGGGCCACAUACCUGAGUAGGAUGUGUAAGUGGCUGUGUGUGAUUGUGGUGGUUGGCUAAGUGUGAUAUGUAUGUGAGGAGUUGGCUGCAUGUGAGUGUGUGUGCAGCGUGUUGAAUUUAAUUGUGUGGGUCUUGUUGAAAGUAAUCGUGUGUGUGGGGCUGGCUGAAAGUGAUUAAGUGUGAAGUUGCCUGAGAGUGAUUGUUUGUGUCGGUCUCGCUGAAUGUGAUUCUUUGUGAUGGCUGGUUGAGUACAAUUGUGUAUGGUGUUGGUUAAGUAUGAUUGCGUGUGAUGUUGGAUGAGUGUGAUUGUGUGUGUGGUUGACCGAGUGGGAUUGUAUGUAGAGUUGUGGGGGCUGUGUGCUUAAUAUUAUUAUUAGAAAUAUGUUUUUACCCUCUUUUGCUUACCAUUCUGCAGCUAGGGUGAAUAAUCCUUGGUGGUCCAGCAGGAGAAUGUUCCCCGUUGGACCACUGGGAGAGUUUGUCUGCACCUCUGACAGAUGCAAACUAGAAAAACAUUAUUUUAGCCUAGCGCUCAUGCAUGGUAACCUGGCAGCAGCGCUCUGACUUAUUCACUCUGGGGUCUGACCACAAACAGCGACCUUUGCAACCAUGAUGGUUCUGCCACUGUGUUUGACUCUCAAAGAAAGAGAUCAUGUCUAGGAUUCCAUAAAUUAAAAAAUACAAUAAUGCAUCAUUUCAGCUGUGAGUAUCCAUUAAAAAUGCUGUUGUUCUCUGUUGAUUAAUUGCUCACGUCCAAAUCUGCGUUGUCUUUGGAGAUUUAGCUGUAAUAUAUUCUAGGGAAAUUGAAUUGAAAAAAAGAAUUGCAUACAUUUGAAGCACUGUGCUUACUACUGACUUACAAAAAGUUGUCAUGAUUAAUUUAUGAAAAGCAGAAGGCCUGUAUGAGUCAAAGAGACAGCUGAUAUAUAAAUUCUGUUCCCCUUAAAACUUUGCAGCCGAAAGGGACUUUAUUCUCCCCCAGCUGACUUCCUCAAAUUUCAGCUUAAUAUUAGUUUGAAGGGGGAAAUGCACAGUAACGGUAUCAGCAUUAUGUUGUGAACUCAUUAUCAAGAAAAUUAUGAGCAACUUUGCAGUUGUUACUAAGGAAAGUAACAGAACCAUUUCACUCUCAACUCAAGAUACCUUGCUCUUUAAAAUGGAACUGACAGUUUGCAAUAUUUAAUAAAAUGUUCAUGAUCCUCUACAUUUAACAAAUGUGUAUUUGUGAGAUUUAAAAAAAAAAAUAACAACAUUAAAUCUAAAAAUCCAUAGAUGUGUUUACUUCCAAGGUGGAACUGAGUGUCUCCAUCUUGGCUAUCUGUCAAAUAGACUUAUGCACAUGAGAUUAUGGCUCGCCAAAUUUUGGUAACAAAAAACUGAGUGGAGAAAAAACCAGAUGAACCAAAAGGGUCCAAAAAGGGGUCAGUCUGUGUACUGAACAAUAUAUACACAAUUUAAAUAUCAUGUAUAUAUUUUGCAGUACACUGAUAGGCAGAGUCGAUCUUGAGGGGGAGGGGUGGAGGUGUGUGGGAGGCUAGUGUCAUGCUGUGCCAAUCAGAUAGUCUCUUAGUUUUACUUCACAAUUUUGGUAGAAUUAAAGUCAAGUAACCCUGGAAUGAAAACAUUUAAAUUUCUGCAGAAUGGCAAUGUUUUCAGCUGCAAGGUUGAAACGGAGGAGACAUUGCACCUAAACCACUUCAUUGAGAUGAAGUGAUCUGGGAGCCUAUAGUGUUCCUUUAAAAAGAGCCAUGCACUGCAUCAUAGCCUAUCCCCUGCUUUGUACUAAAGAAUAGACCGUUAUUGAGCGUCUGCCUUUUCCUUUUCCUGACUUUCCACUUCCACUUUGUAGAAGAUAUAUAUGGAUUUGAGAAAUAUAUGGAAACCUAAUGUGAUUCUCACAUUUUUGCAUGAUAGUCACUCUAACUAGAGUCAGUUACUCUUAGGCAUUAUAUUUCAGUUUGACAAAUACACACAGUGACCACAUACUGACCACUUUUUGUAAUUUUAGGAUCCUAUUUUGUCCACAGAAUACACUGAAUUAUUUGCAGCAUGGAUUCAAUAAUCUGCUAAAAGGCUCCUUAGAGAUUCUGGUUCUGUGUUGACAUUAAAGCAUCCUGCACAUGAUGCAUAUUAAUGGAAUGGACCCAGCUUUUGUGGAAUAUAAAUAAAUGAAUAAAUAAAUAUAUUCCAUGCUGUAAUUAUUUAUUUUGCUGCUCAGUAGUUUGUACCGAUCUAGUACUUUAAUGGUUAAAGGACAAAAUGUUAUCAAACUUAACAUGUGUAUUUCUCCUUUUUGGAUUGUAGGAUAUAAAAAUACAUACCUUAGGAUAUAUAAAUACAUACCUUACGCCAAUAAUCUAAUAUCAAUAGUAUAAUAUUCAUAGGCGUGCGCACAGGGUAUGCCCGCACUGUGUGCCUCCAUGGGCCGAUGAGUGAGAUCUCCCUCACCGGCCUGCAGGGUGGGAGGCAGGAGAGGACCCGGGGAGCCUUUGCCAGCAGCUCUGCGGGGUUCCUCUCGCAACAUCAUCCCUCUUGCGAGAGUGAACUCUAGCCCUGUAGGCUAGAGUUCACUCCCACUAGGACUACCAGGGAUCAGGGAUGGCAGCAAGGAUCCUCCCUCCCAGGCAAAAGGUAAGAAGGGAGUGGGGCUAUUUCAUAAUCUGUCCCCCUACCCCCACACACAAUCCCUCCAAACAAAUACACACACACACACUGUAUUAUGUGUGUGUGUAUAUAUAUGUGUGCACACAUCUCACAUACUUGCUGCUGAUCCACAAGACAUGAUGCAAAUACCAUUUUGCAAAUUAACAAACUGUUGCAUAGAGUGUAGAAAGGAUUUUUCAUUUAUAUAUAUCCCUUUAAAAGCACAGUGCUCAGUGCUCACCCUUGCUUCUUAGCAAAAUUAAAUUAGAGAGAAACUGAAAAUUGAACUAGUAUUACAGACAAAAGAAAAUAACUAUUAUUUAUUAGCCGUACACAAUACAUUCUUCUUCCAAGCAAUCUUAAAUUUGCAUGCUAGUAAUGUCACUUGGAAUGUCCCUUUACGUCAGCGACUGCCAACCUUAGCACUACAGAUGUUUGUAAACUAUAUUUUCCAUUCCGUUCAGCCAGCCCUUAGGAAAUCUAUUUCUCAAACAUCUGCAGUGUCACGCUUAGCCAUCACUGCUCUAAGAUGAAAACAAACCCAAAGUUUAGAAAGAAAGAGAAUGAGUUUUAUUAGAUCAUUCAUUUGUCAGUGUCGACCCUUCCAAAUUAAAUUUGUGAGCUAACUAAUAACAAAAGAUAGGUGUAGAUUCAUUCUGAAUAAAAUUCCACAAAUAACAUUUAGGGAUUUUGAUACUGAUAUAUUGUAGAAAACCAAAACAUAAACUAAAGUGAUGCAUUUGUUAGAAGCAGAAUGACGGAAAUAUACAAGGGAAAGAAAGAUAGCACAUUUCUGAAACAACUUCCUUCUAAAAUAAAAUAUUUUGAAGCCAAAGAUAUAAUCUAAUUUUAUCUCUGAUGUUAAACUGCACAUAAGCAGGAGGUACAUUGUUUCUUUGAUAUAGGCAUGUGGUAGUUGUCUAGUUUUUUUUUUUUAAAAGAGCUUCUAUGGCUUCUAUAAGUCUCAUCUCUGGUUCAUAUUGAAUUGAAUAUUUGUAUUGCUGGUUUUCAUAGCUGAGCUCUCUGGAUAAGAGCCAUAUGCUUUCCUUUUUUUUUUUUUUUCUUGAAGUCAAGCAGUUCAAUGAAGGUUGAGUAUAGUUUAUGUUGUGCAUGGUGAAAGGUAAACAUAAACUGUAGGUUUACAAGUUUAUUCUUGUAGCAAGAUGGUGGACCUUGCCAAGAAAAUUAAUGAUGCUCUCUAUUUUGCAUACUAUGUUGCAGGUGCCUUGAAGAUUUCAAUGUUUAUGUCAGACAGGUCAAGCAAUCACAAUACAUUUUUUUGCCUUUACCCUGAUGACAGUAAAUACUGUGGUACUACUACCAUUUACUGCCCUUAAAGUGGCAUUAUCACACGAUCCCGGCAAAAUUAGUAUUUCUGAAUGAUAAAAUCUUUAUGAAAUACUUCUUUUGACUGUGUUGAAAGUUUAUUGAAAUUCCAAUCCAGUUGAAAGAUAUACUGAGACAAAGUAAGGACUAUUUGUCUCAGUAUUCAUUCUGCACCCGACACUUCUAGACACUGGGAAGAGCCACUGCCAUCUAGAAGUGUCAACCCCCGUGCCAUCACCAGUGACUGCUGCAGGGAAUUGACUCUAUCUAUAAAGGAUUCCGUAGACAAUCCCACAGACCUCAAUGCUGUAAUCUCACACAUGCUCUUUGGGUGUCACUAAGUCAUGGACCACCCAAUGAUCCCCUCCUGUGUGUGGUCUCUGCUGCACCUAUGGUAGAUCCACCACUGCUCACAGCAAAAUCCCAACACAAUAAACUCCAAAUUUGGUGUACAAUAAACUGUACAAUAAACUCCAAAUAUGGUGCAUUAAUGUGGUGUUCUCUCCUAUUUGUGAAACCUAUUUGGUAAUGUGGUGUUCUCUCCUAUAUAUUAAACUUUUUUUUUUAAUUAACUUAUUUUUUCAGGACUCCAGCCUAAAUAUGCCAUGCAUUUUGUGGAAAUGUAUGGAAGAAUAAUUAAGUGUUCUUGCAUAGCAAGACCACUUAUUGUUAUCUCACAUAUAUAUUCUUAUUAAGUGUUCUUGCAUAGCAAGACCACUUAUUGUUAUCUCACAUAUAUAUUAUUAUUCUUAUUAUAGCCAAAUUUGCCACCCUAACUCCUCCCACAGUUUUUACACUACAUAGACAAAAAUUUACCAAAACGUGCAGAUUGUUCCCGAUCGGAUUGCUAUUACUUUGUGGAAUGUUUCGCCGAAUGGUUCACGGAAUAUCGUCGUUCUUGUGGCGCAAUUUGUCCCAUAGGAAUGAAUGGCAAAGCUAGAGUGGGAGCUGGCAAAAGCUGAAAAAUCAGGACAUGAUUUCUAAACUGCCACCACUCCCUUAUUUUCAGGCCCACCUACACAAAUCUUAUAUCAAAACGCUCAGCUAUCCCUGCUGCCACUAAACAUGUCAACGGCUAAGCCAUAGUCCUGAUAGUUUUCACAAUAUAAUCAUUUGUUUGCAACUAACGCCGUCCAUUGACAUUCAUUGAAACUUCACUCUACAAAGCUCAAAUUUGAAGUGCAAUUUCUAAAAUGCGACUGUGCCUUCAUUUUUAAUACUUCAGAGACAUACUAUGCAUCAAAAUGUAGGUCUGGGUCUUGUGAUUCUCACAAUAUAAAGCUCUUCGCUGUAGGAUUUAUAGUUUUUAAAAUACGACCGUUUGAAGAUGGCAACCGCCAAAAUACUCUGACCUGUGCCAGGCUGCAGCAGCAAGUGAUGUCAUAGACAGGGCCUUUUGAACACCUGCUAAUGUUUUUAUAAAUGUAUGGUUUAAUGUAACUGUGCAACAACGUUGCAAUUAAAUGUGCUAUAUAAAUGAUAACAGUUACUCCGCCCACUCCAGGUGUAGACUACUGGUGGAGGCAAGAACACUUCACACAAUUUCCCCAGAAAUUGUAGCUUUUCUAGUUUAACAUGCUUUGCCGAGUUUACAUUAAUGAUGAUGGCUACUUGCAUAAAUUAGUCAGCAAAGACUCAUUUCAAAUAAGUGUAAUGAACCUUAAAUUUGAUUGAUCGAUAUUUGUAAGAAGUUAAGCUUAAUAAUAAACCAUGGUUCCGCUAUUAACUGAAUCUGUCAGAGGAGCCAAAUUUACAUCUCACUCAGUAUCAUCAAUAUACAUAAUCUAAAUGCUGCAUACAUAUCAAGGAAUGCCUUAAACUAUUUCACUGUAUAUUGUCAUUAGCAUUCUGUAUAAUGCAAAGCUGCCAAUGUAUGUAGUCUAUAAAAAGAAAAGCCAUUUUAUACUUCAGUUACCCUCAUCAUUGUUUUGUAUUUGGAAGAAUUUUGAUAACACAUAACAGCUUGGAUAGAUCAGGAUAAUUUCUUACGCUCAAUACAAAGUUGUGUUAGAAGAGAACAUAAAUUACAAUAUACUUUGUUACUAAUCUCCAAAACAAAGAUCCACAGAAGUAUUUUUUAAUAGCUCCUGCUGUAGCCUUUGUCAUGCAGACCCACGUUAAUCAGGGGUGUCAUUAAGUCAUAGCAUGUGAUUUGGUAUGCAACAGGCAUUUCAUUCUUCAUUGUAAAUGCAUGGUACGUGCUUGUUGGUAGAAAGAGUCUUAUAGACUCAGGUGGGGGUGAGUAACUUGGAGACAAGAUUACAUUCUGCAGAAUUAUACUUUGCAAUGUUAAUCAUGGUUAAUACUAGUAUGGGUAGUACGAUUUCUAUUUUGUAACUGCAACCAUUGUAUGGUUUUCUGUUGAAGGCAGGUUGCGUAUUUGAUAUUUCACACUUGUCACUUUGAUCACUUUCUAGAGAAGAUAAAUGUUUCUUUGUAUUGUGCAAGCGAUCUUUAUAUAUGGUAUAUAUCAGUGGUUCCCAAACUGUGUACCAGGGCGCCGCGACGUGCACACAGGGGUGCCGCAGAAUAUUUCCCCGGUGCUAUGAUUAUAGCUCUGGGGAAACAUUACUGCUCAACAGGGACCCGGUCGAGUGGCGCAGUCCUUUAAGACUGCGACCGGGCCCCUGUAAUGUGGGUUGGCUGAGAGGAAGCGACAGCCUGUCACUUCCUCACAGCAUCCUGAAGGGAGACAGCGCGGGAGUGAGAGAAGGCAGCUGCAGCGUGAGGGUAGACAAGCAUGAAGAGCUACAUAGUGAUAUUAGCUAAAAAAGACUCAUAUACAUGAAGUCCAGCGUCCCACUCAGUUCUGUUAAUGCUGUAAAACUAAAAGAGGACAAAAAACAUAAAUUGAAGAUACAAUCUUGACUCCACAUUGAUGCAGACACUUUACACUUACAGACACAGACACAUACACUUACAGACACAGACACAUAUACUUACAGACACACACACACACAUACACUUACAGACACACACACAUACACUUACAGACACACACACAUACACUUACAGACACACACACACAUACACUUAGAGACAAACACAUAUACACACAAAUUAUUAAUAUUAAAUAUCCACCCAGCCUCCCUACCUGGAGAGCUGGUGUGGAUCUGUCCCUGGGGUCCAGUGGGGCUUCACUUAGGCGGGCGGCUAAUCAGACGCUGCGAGGGAGCUCUAACCUCUCUGCUCUGCUCCCUCGCGGACUGUCUACGGAUGCCGGGAGCCGGAAUAUGACAUCAUAUUCCGGCUCCCGCGGCAUCAGCAAACAUCGCACGAGGGAGCAGAGCAGAGAGGUUAGAGCUCCCUCGCCGCGACUGAUUAGAACUCUGCCAUGCCGGGGGGUCCAGAAGGUGGCCUGGCAGGAGGGAGCGCUUCCUCCUGCCGGUCACUGAAGACUUGCGCAUGCAGAGCCGCUCGCGCCCGCGCAAAAGGAGAAAUCCUCUUAAAAAGAGGAUUUAGCCUCAGAAAUCCCUACCGCCCACCUGGAAUCCUAAAACGCCCACUAGUGGGCGGUAGGGACCAGGUUGACGACCCAUGUUCUAAACAUAUGAAAAUCACCAUGUAAAUCAAUGGAAUCAGUUGGAACAUUCUAUUUGUGAUUACUUUCAAUCAUUACAACUUUGCACCACUUUUCAGAAUGUGACACUUUGAUAAGUUUUGCUCUUAGUCUUUAUAAUUAUGUCACUGUUUAAAUGGAAUUACUAUAAAUAUGGACUGGACAGGCUGCUGUGCAUGCAACCUCACUGUUUCCAAGUCAUAUGGCUGCCUUCCACAAUAGUACUGUUCCCAUUACUGGUGUCUAUGUUACUGGAGGAAAAAGUGAUCUUCAGGUAAAAUCUCUCUUUUAAUUUGAUGGUAAUUUUAUCAACAUAGUUUAUGGAUACAUCAAUAUCUACCUAGAGUAGCACUUAACAUUCACAUGAUUUACAGAUGGCAGGGUCACUUUAGAAUGAACCAGUAGCAGACUGGUCGAUAUGCAGAGAAAUUAACUCUAUUACUUAAAGCAAGUUACACUAUGCAGAUUUUUCCUGCACAGAGAAUUAGGAUUCACAUUUAGUAAUUGUCUAAUAAUCAAGGAGUGGCAACCUGGCAAUUGCCGAGAGAAAUACAAACCUACUAUACAGACCCAAAAUAAGAGACUUCUUUCAAAAAUAUCAGCAGAGCACUUUCAUUUGAUGAAUAAUUCAUAAUAGAUACUAUAACACAAUCAGGAUUAAUUAGUAACUGAAAUUACAAAUUUAACGUAGUCAUCUUCCAAAACAUUCUCCAUUUAGAAACAUAGAAACAUAGAAUGUGACGGCAGAUAAGAAGCAUUCGGCCCAUCUAGUCUGCCCAUUUGUUUUUAUUUCAGCAGCUUGGCUUAUUUAGCCUAUAUAUGCAAUCCCAUACUGUUUUAGAAGAAUCCAUUAUUUAGAGAAUGUAAGAUUCUGCAUAGGAUGGUAAAUUACUUUUCUGGAGUGAUGAAAUCUAUAUACUCCUUGGGCUGUAUCUACCUGGCCAUACUGUUGGCUGUAUUUAUUUGGAGAAUUUGGUGUAAUACUUGGUAGUGUCUACAGACAUAUUUAUUGUACACAUGCAGUGAUUACUCCAAAUCUAGCACUUUGCUCCAGAAUUGCUUUCAAGAAAAAUUUAACAUAUUUUCUUACUGGACAUAACAUUAGUCAGUGUAUCUUAUGCUGCUCAGUUAUUACAGAUGGGUAAAAUAUUAUUAUACUGGGACCAAUACAUGAUACUUAGGUGCUGCAAGGGUAUAUUUCAUAAAUUAGGUGUGAGGUGUGCUAUCUAUAUGAAUGUUUAGGCACCUGAUAUAAAAGACUAAUAUGUAUCACAAUAGAAACACAUACAUACAAAUCCAUGCAUUUAAAUCAACAAUAUAAAAAAUGCAGUUUAGAGGUAACAAUGGUUUUAUACAUCUUCACUCAGUUCUGUAAGAAUUUUCAUUUUGUUUUUGUAUUACAUCGUUAGUUGGAAAUAAAUUGAAAAUGACAUGCCCCACUAUAUUGUGAUCAGUAAAUCUAAUUUCUUAUGCCAUCUUAAUUAUACAACCAGAGAGUCGUGUUACUUGAAUGAUUAUGAGUUCUCAUGAGUUUUCUGUUAACUAAUUUUACACAGGCUUGUGGCCAAUUUUGAAUAUUAUAGCAGUCUUUAAGAGUUUACAGGUCUGCGAUGUGCUGACUUAUCCUGAUGUACAACAUGGAGAUAGUAACUUAAUGAUUAGAUUAGAUUAGUACUAGCUCUUGUCUGUCAGUACCCCGUGCUUUUUACCACUCUUAUUCUUUCAGAAGAUUCUUUUUUUGAUACAAUAGAUUUGUAUCACUUAGUUAGUUAUUAGAAUGUAACAUUAUUAUCUCAGAAAGAGUAAUGUCUAUUUAAAGAAAAAAAAAAAUCAAUACUCAAAAUGUUGGCAUUCCCUAAGCGAGGUCAUGCCCUCGUUUUCAGCUGUAGUAACCACCUUAUCACGGUGGAAUUUCACCAGUAAAGUAAAUUUCACUGAACGAAGUUCCUAAAGUUACUGUUGUAAGAGUUAUAUUGAUUCAAUUCCUUGAAAAAAACACACAAAAAUGGAAUGUUGAAGUUCAUAAAUAUUAGUAAGACCCUAAACAGUGUGAAUAGGCUAAUUAGCUAACAAUUGGAUUACACUUUAUAGCUUCUCAAGUAUAUAACAGCUGAGGUAUCUUCAUUUGUUUGUGGGUGCAGCCUCCAGGAACCCUGCUCCAGAUUUACAUGUAGUCCUAUCAACUAAACGAUAAGACAGCAACCCUAACAAGAUGUAAGUGUCUUUAAACCAUCAUAAAAUGAAUGGACCCUGUAAUGCUUUGACCUGAAUGAUCUUUGUCAUGCCUGAUGAUAUACUUUAUUGUAGACACAUUUAUAGACUCCAUUUUUUGUGUUGCUGCCUCUUUUGUUUGCUUCAUAGUGAAUAAUUCUGUCAAUGUCAUAUGUUGGCCCUGGGUAUAUUCAAAGUUACACUAUCACAGAGGCUGUUUUCAUAAUGUAAUUGUUUGUUUGGGUCCCAUGAUACCUAGGGUAACACUACAAGCACCAUAAUCACCAUAGUAGGUGGUCAAAGAAUAUUAGAUUGGUUUGACGAUUUACCUAAGUAUCAUGGAUGCCUAUACCACAUCUGCCUAUUCUUGAAGGAGAAGCAGGUUGUCUUUAAGCACUGCCCAACAGAUGACCAUUCAUUGGCUGAGCUUGCUCAGCUGAUGAUCUGAGCCAGUGAGCGUAGCCCUCUGUAGACCUGCUUAGCACAAUGAAACUAACCAGAUUCUCUUUGCAGGAGAGUCUGGAAUCAGAGCUUUGUCUGUAGGUGGCCAGAGGGACAGAGGUAAAUUGUCAAACCCUGGGAGAUCUUCAGGACACUCCUGGAUCAAUAGACAGUGGGUUGUAAUGGAUAUGGUUCUUGGACUAUUCCUUUAAACAUCAUAGUACCACUUCUUCUGCUGUCUAUGACACAAAAGUGUAUCAUAGACAACCACAUAGCUGAAUGUAUAUUUUAGUAUAAACCCUAACACAGCAACUACAGAUUUAUUCCGUAAGGUUUCAUUGUAAAUCAUCAGGAAUGCAUGGUGAAUUCAAAGUGAAUUUCAAAUUCCUGGCCAACAUAGCCAAAUUUCAAAUCAGAAGAGGGCUGGCUAUAUUUGGCCUGGGGCAAAUUACAAACAAAAAAGCACAUUGUCCUAUCACACUCCAUUAACUGUAAUAUUACAUAUUUUAUACUACUAAUUUAAGUACUAGAAAACUAUAGGAAAAAAACACUAUUACAUAAUAUAUUUUAAUUAUGUGAUGUAAGGCAGCAACCCACUUUCUAAUCACAUGGACUUGGGGGCAUAUGCCAUAUUGCCUUCAUUGCCAGCCCUCCCCUUCUUGAAGAAUAGCUAGGUGACUUGAAGAAUUUAUUUUGGUAUAUUGGUGUUUCCUAACAUUGUUCUUAAGCAUUAAUAAAUUAAAAUUUUAAACAUGUCCUUAGCUCAGCCUAGGGACAACUGAAUUAGGCUAACUGACUCAGCCAACAAUUAACUUGUGUAGUAACAGGUACACCCUUAACCUGUUGUGUGUCACAUGUGUGGAUACCACACAUACCAACAGUGAAACAAAUCUGUAGUUUCAAAGAUAAAAGAAAUAUUUUAAAACAGUAGCUGGUAGUGUGCACCGAUCCAUCUCAAGUAUUGAAUGUUAAGGUCACAUGUGUAGAUGUGUAUUAGGCCUGGUACUUGGACUAAUUUCCCCAAUCCUAACACAUGCUCCUCACGUGCUCCUGUGUUUCAAAUUGCUAUAUUUCCAUCACAAAUCUUAUAUUGCAUAUAUCCUACCAAAAUUCUUUGUGAGAUAAGUUCUUAUAAAGCAACUGAAAGGGGUUAUUCACUAAAGUGUGAAUUGUUGGCAAUUGGAUUUCAAAUUUUAGCCCACAAUUGCCAAACUAAAAAUAUAGCUAAACUGGAGAUUUUGUUUCCAAUCCAGCCACUUCUCCCUAAAAUUUUAAAAGUCACUUUGAAUUCCUGACCAUUCACACUUUGUCUUCCAUGUUUCCUCCAUUUUUUUCUAGAGCCAAAUAAUUAAUAUCUCACAAACAACCAUAUUGAGGAGGGACAGUCCCUGUUUUGGGCCCAAAUCAUUAUGUCGCUCUUUUCUAUCCAACUGGCCCCGUCUUUUCUAAGAACUCCAUAUUGUCGGUGUGCCGUAGUGUAUAACAGUGCUCCAAAGCAAUAAUACAUUAAUAUGCUUUUAAACUACAACAAAUGCAUUUAGAAAUCAGUCUGUGUAAUUCUUGUUAGUGAGUCUACUAAAAUGUCACUUCAUGUUGAUUAACAGCACAUGAAACGUACUGCCCUGUGUUAUGUAGGUUUGAUCCUUUGCAGGAUUGCUCCAUAUUUAUUGAUGUGAAUUUUCAUUAGAAGCCAUGAUCAGAGCUAUUAGGUAAAAUUGUCACUGAAAACUGUAAUAUACCAGUUAUCCAAAUCAUCCUUCAGUAAUAACCCUUAUAACAGUUAUAUGACAAUCUUCACCUAUAAAGGGUUUAAUUAGCGGAGAUAUGAUAAACUGAGACUUAAAAUGAGAAUUACAGGCCAGGAUAGCUGAACUGGAAACAUUGUCUAACUCAGUUAUAUUAUUAACUCUGCUAUUUUGACCUAUGAUUUGCAAUUACUUUGCCAUACCUCCACUAUUUCCAGCUUUGUGAAUCAACUUCAUAGUGUCUGUAAGGUAAGUUAAAUAUUGCAAUUACCAUUUAGAAAACUGUUUAGGUUACAAUCUUUACAUAACAGAAAAAGUGUUAGGUACCUAUAUUGUUCCUUCGUGUACUCAAACAUAGAAAAGAUGCGUUCUGCAGAACUUUAAUGUGCACUGCCAUUUGCAUUUUCCAGACGAAUACUUAAAUACCUGCAUUAUACAUGGGCAAUACAUUGUCCAUCAAGCAAUGAAAUAAAACGACGACAAAAACCCAUUUCCUUUAUCAUACCCUUAAUAAUUACUAAUAUGUAGUUGUACUCAAUUAGCAAAGGGAUCACCUUUUAAUAUACUUGUUUACACAUUAAUUCUGCAUGACUGCUUUGGACUAGGCACUAUCUUAUCUUUUCAUUGCUACUUCCAUGGGAGGAGAGAUAUAUAUAUAUAUAUAUAUAUACAUACUGACAACUGUUUUUCAGACUGAAACAAGACGCAUUAAAUGUAAAUGCUAAAAAAAAAAGAAAGACUUUAUUGGCUUUAUAUAUAUAUAUAUAUAUAUAUAUAUAUAUAUAUAUAUAUAUAUAUACACACACAUUUACAUAUCUAUUGUAAUGAUUCAUUAUUUGAUUUCAUGAGAGGGCUGAUAGCAACUGCAUCUCCACACCUCUCAGGAAGCAGGAGCGAUUUGCACUUACACAUAGAAUAGAUUGUAUUGUAUUUCAGAUAAAGCCAGUUUGUAGUACUGAUUUGCUCCUUCUAGCUCUGAUCAUAUCAUGUGAGGAGGGUGGUUACCAUUCAAAGUGUAGCAGCAAUGAAACAGCUUCAUAACUAGUGCAGCAAGCACCUGAAUUCACUUCAGGCAGCACAAGAUCAUUCUGCAGGCUUGAAACUUCAACACAUUUUUCUCAUAUGCACCCAUGUACCUAUCUGUGUAGAUCUUAAGCUGUGUAUUCAGGUAAGUGUUAACGUUAGAAAUGGGAACGUUUAAGGAUUAUAUGCCAGUAUAGGCUUCAUACUUUAGAGUUAUAUUCGCUUAACCAGGAACUGUACAUAAUUGAAAAGCGUAAUGGAAAAUUAUGACAAAAGGGCUGAAUUGGAAAAAAGUCUCCAGCCUAGUUGUUGCCCACUUAUUUUUGCUUAUAAUUUACAAUUCUCAGUUAAGGGAAUACAACACCUAUCAUUUUAUUGGCUGUUGUUUUUUUUCCAUAUUAACCCCUUCCUGAUGUUGGGGAGUGCAAUGCUGUCCUACAAUAGGAGGCCUUUAACGCCAUUAGGGUGGCAUAACAAGCCCUAAUGACCUGGAAACCCAUGCAGACCCCCUGCAGCCAAUCCUGCUGAUCUGACUUAGAUUUGCUGCAGGGGGGCUGCCUGUGUUUUCAGGGAGUCCACCAAUAUAUAAAUGCAUGCCAAACAUAAGCCUACCAAAGGUACUCAAUUUUUUUAAAAUUGAUAUUAUUCUAAGAUCAUUUUCAUAUAAAAAUAUUUGAUGUGAAAUGAAAGCUCUAUUUUUCCUGAACAAAAUAAAAUGUGUUGGUGAAAGUGGUAAAUUAUGGUUUAAAAAACAUACAGCUGAAACUCUAGGUUUUGUUUGGUUCAGAACUUGGACAAUUGCCUCCUUAAGGGGUUAAUAAAUGGUUAAAGGAACACUAUAAUUUUAGGAAUGCAAGCUGGUAUUACUGACACUAGGCAGGAAAAAAAACUUAAUUUAGGUGUCUGACACUGCUGAUCAGGGCUGCACAUUGUGGCCAUCUGAGGGAGGGCCAGUAGCGGUGUUCAUAGGCAGUAAUGUAAACACUGCCUUUUCUCUGAAAAGGUAAUGUUUACAUUAAAAAGCCUGCAGGGGCAGGCAGCAGACACAAGAACAGCUACAGUAAUCUGAAGUUUUUCUGGUGACUAUAAGGUCCCUUUAAUGUUAUGUAAAGAACAACUUUCACCUUAACUGUAUUAUAGUAAUAUGCACUUUGGGAUACCAAUUUUAUAUCCAAACUUGGAUACCUGUACCACUUCAUAAUAGUUAAUACAUUUUUAUAGUGAAAUUCUAAACAAUUAUUUUCCAUACAUCAGGCCUCUUGUCCCGCCAUCCCAAAUCUGGGAAUACUAGGACAGUGUCCCCCAGCAGUACAGCACGUUCACUCAUGCUGUGCAACUGGCACUAGGAUCAUGCAGGGGCUAGCCCUAAAUCUGUCAGUGGUCACCCAUUAUUGGUGUCACCUCUGACCCAGAUUGCAUCAAUGGCUACACCACCCCAGGGCCAUGCCCAUCCAGACCCGAGUUCAUACCUCCCAUUGUUGGGAGGUAUGUAUACAUGGUUUUUGUUUUUGAGAAGUACACUUUUGCACAAAUCCAUUUUAACCUGUGACGAACAAAUCAAAUUCCUGCUAAUCUACGCCUGGACCGAUUAAUUUGGGUGUAGAUUAACAGGAAUUUGAUUUGUUCGUCACAGGUUAAAAUGGAUUUGUGCAAAAGUGUACUUCUCAAAAACAAAAACCAUGUAUACAUACCUCCCAACAAUGGAGAUUUAUUAGUUAGUCACAGGUGUACAAGUCUAUUGAGAAGAUGAGUUGACUACAUUUGUUGAUCUCUACAUGUAUUAACGCUUCUGAAAACAUAUAUAGACUGUGGGGUCUAUUCACUUAACUCUGAAUUACUCCAAAUUGAAUUCUAAGAGUCAUAAUUUGGUGGAAGUAAACAUGUUGAUUUUAAGUUAUGGUUUUGAUAUUGUAGCCACAAUUUUGCAGUUUAGUUUUUAAGUCCUUCCUGUGUACCUGUUGUAUUUUAAUGAUUAAUCUAACCCCUUGCCUGUAUUUUUAUUUAUUAUCUUUUCUUCCUUGCUCUGGAUCCCAUUAUCUGCGUGCUGCAAUUGUUUUGAUGUCUGCAGUUUUCCCUUCUGUGGGAUUAGUUUGACUGAUAAAUUGUUACGAAUUACCUUGGCAAUUUGAAAGGAACUUUGCUUAAUGUAUGCCUAUUACCACUGAGAAUGUGCUAUGGAAAAAAAAGACAUUCCCAUUUUUUUUUUCUUCUUGUGCAAAAAACAAAGGAAAAUUGAAAAUAAAUAAGAGAAACAGGGAUAACUUGGGGAGGGGGGGGGAAUGGAGGAAAGAAAGAUUAUUAUUAUUAUUAUUAUUAUUAUUAUUAUUAUUAUUUAUUUUAUUAAAAAUAAUUAAAACUGCAAAGUAACAGUGGAUAAAACAUUAAAUAGCUGCACACUGAAGCAAUCGUUUGUAUCUGGGUAUUUGUUUGCUUUGUUUCGAUUUUCAGUUGCUCUGUCAAUUAUUGCUUAAAUUUGGCUCAUGUCCAGUCCACCCCCAUUCAAUCUGGGCCAUGCCCUGCAUAUUUUUGUAGAUGUCCCUUAUGUUUUGUCAUGUAUGAUUUUUAUCAGCAUUUUUCUAUUAUUGUAUCUGGGAUAUAAAUCGUGUGUGUGUGUGUGUGUGUGUGUGUGUGUAUAUUAAUGUGGACAUAUGCAUGAUUUAAUUAUAUAUAAUCUCUAUUUCUCAUUUUGAAAGAAACAUUUGGCUUCCAUAUGUAUGCCAUAUAUCAUGUGGUGUUCGGAAUCAGCCUUGGCAUUGUUUGUGGAAAUUCACAGCAAGUCUUUUGAGAAGUUGAUAUGCUUUAAAUUCAGUUUGAGUAGCUAAGUGCAGGAUGCCUGUGCCAACAGCUGAAGGGCGGUAGGAAGGUUCACCUGUGUUUGCUCUCUGCCAUUCAUUUUUGGACUUGCCAGGGUAACUAUUUGCAGUGAUAAUUUCCAUGUGUCACUGCCUUCCCUACACAUUCAUAACCGAUACGGAACUAGGUGGGGAUGUAAUGUGGGAACUGUGUUUAUAUGUGGUGCUUGGUGAGCACGCCUAGAGAUCAAACUUUAGGUGAAUCAGAUUUGGAUGACUGACUGGUAACCUGGAUGAAAUAAGGACUUUUUGUUUGCUUAACCCUUAAUUAGAGGAAGCUAUUGAUGUUAAUAAUUUGUGAUAGUUUAAAAAAAACCUCAAAACAAGGGGCUUUCCAAUAAAAAUGUUAAAGGGAUUUUAUAGUGUUAGGAAUACAAUUAUGUAUUCCUAACACUAUAUUGCCCUCUGGUCCCUCCUCCCUUGCAGCCCUCCUUUUCCUCCCCUGUAGCACAUAAAGAGUUAAAAAACAAACACAUAGUCACUUACCAGAUUCCAGUGCAAUGUCCCUCGGCACUGAAUCACGGUUUGCAUCCUCUGAUGUCAUCCAAUGGGAGGAUCUAAUGCGUAUGUGUAGCGAGCACCAACUGCGCAUUAGCACCUCCCCAUAGGACAUAGGAAAGCAUUUCUUAAAUGUUUCUUUCCUAUGGGGUUUUCACUGAUGCUGGAUGUCCUUAUGCAGAGUGUGUGGAUGUCCAGCAUCGUUUCAGAGUCAAACUCCAUUAGAAUCCAGGAAGUGCCUGUCAGUCACUGGAGGCAGUCUUAGUCCUGCAAUGUAAUUAUUGCAGUUUCGUGGACAAAGUGGGACAGGGCCUUUGCACCCAGACCACUUCAAUGAGAUGUAGUGGUCUGUGUGCUAUAGUGUCCCUUUAGCACUUUGUAAAGAACAAGUGGUCAGAUACUUAUGGAAAAUGUACAAUGUUGCCCCCCUAAGUAGUGUAUGUAUCAGUAUGGCUACCGUACCUUUUGUGAUUUCAUGGCCAAGCAUCAAUACUUAGGAGCUGCUGGUGCACAUUUUAAUCUGUUGUGGUUUCCACAAACCAAAACUUCACAAAUGACUGUUAAAAGUAACUGCCAAUUAAAAAAAUGGACACCAUUUGUAUUAAUUAUAACAUUUCCACUUUACCAGUUUAUUAUCUAGAAUGUGCUUUAUUGAGUCACUGGAUAUUCCCCCUCAGGGUUGGCACACACCAAUCAGCAUCACCUAGCAAUGUGCAGCACUGACCCAGGAAGAAGCUCUAGUGGCCUUACUAGAGGUGUUACUAGGCAGUGUUUACAAUAAAAAGCCUAGAGGGAUAGGCAGUAGACCCCAAAACCACUACGUUAAGCUGUAGUUGUUCUGGUGACUUUAGUGUCCCUAUAAGGAGGAAGUGUUUCUAGAGGCUGUCUGCCUUAUCACUAUUAGAGGUAAACCUUGAAUACUCCAAAAAGGGCAAGCAUCAAAACCACUAUAUAAACAUCUAGUGAUUUUUUUUUUUUGGUUCUUAGUGUCUGUUUGUUUUAAAAUUUGUACCAGAUAAAACAAAAGUGUUUUGUAAACCAUUGCCAGUUUUGUUUGGAACUGCAUGAGUCUAUUCACUUUUAUUCUGUAUUCUUGCAUAAUUUACAGAAAAUGAAAUCAGAUCAUUUAGGCAGUGUGUACCUUUUUGAGAAAAUGUGAAAUCUAUCAUAUAUUUUUCAGAGAGCCACUAAAUAUUUUAUUACAAGACUCUUUCAUAUUAUAGAAGUGCAGUGAAGCAAUUUAUGUCACCCGCAAAAAAGAUGAGCUAGAUUGGCACAUUUAUAGUUGUUAGGUGCCAAAUAGUUUGGAAUCCGAUAUUUCCAGACACAGUUGAAGUAAUUUAAUGAGUUCCAAAUGUUUUUUUUUUCUAGAUAUUGUCAGAGCUUGAGCGUUCUUUACACUGAACAGUCAUGCCAGUCUCUGUUUUUUAUAGUGUGUUUUUGGAGCCAUUUUCAUUAAUACAUAAUUUAGUAUCAAUGAAAUAAAAACUAACCGCAUAGUUUAUAGGUUUGUAGAAAAAGCUGCCACCUCCAAACAGACACCUUAUUCAAAUUUCUUGCUAAUAAUCGUUGAGAAGGCCUACAUUAUACAAUUAUUCCAGAGGACCGUAUCAUAAGUAUCAAAUGCUCUUUUCUCAUUUACAAUCUAUAAUCUAUAAAAUGGCACUGAGAACCAUAUCUCUAUUGCUUUUGAAAUAUACAUAGAAUUGGCCAUGACAAGAGGGCAGAAGAUCAUAGUCUUAAUGGACACUCUCUAAGAACCAUACCGAAUACAGCUUUUUGAAGUGCUUAUGGUACACAACACGGGUACCCAUCUGCUAGUUUUUGUCAGACUAUUUUGCACAUAAAAAAAAUUUCUUACACCCAAAGAUAGCCUCUGCAUGCACACAGAUAAUGUGGAAAUUUCACUUUUUCACUUUAUCCAUCCAUCAGUGCUGGAUGUUUUAGAUUUAUAAUGUAGAAUUUAAAUGUCUUCAUUUUUGGCAGAGAAGACAUUCUUUGGAUGCCAGAAGAGCCCCUACUUUUUUUUUUUUUUUUCCCCUUACCACUCAAAAAUGGAGUAAUAUCACCUAAUGAUCCCUUGCACCAUAUACAAUGUAAUGAAUUGUAGUUUUACAUAAAGUGCACUUUUUUUAGAUAGUGUUGCACCAAAGUUGUCUAGUACAAUUGUAGACCGCAAGAUUUUUCGGAUCUUCCAAACAAAAGUUUUCAAAUUGAUGUCACGGGAGUCGUAACCCAACACGCAGGAAAGAGGAAACCACAAAAGGUGGAUCCAAAAGACGCAUUACCAAGCCUAAGAAUGGCCGGACUUAACGUAACUAAACAACACCAGGGUCAAGAAUACAUCAAGGACUGGAAUAACAGGAAUGCCAAAGACAAAGCCGGGGUCAGGAUACCAGAAGUCACGAGUCAAAUACAAAGCCGAGAUUAGGAUUCCAGAAAUCACGAAUCAAAUAAGAAACACAGGAAAUCAGGAGAAUCACUAGGAGUGCUAAACGAGGUUCUAACAAUAGGUCAAUGAAUGGGGGCUAAAACAAGUCUUAAAUAGGCUUACCUAUGUUCUGAUUGGUCCACGUCAUCAUUGGGAUCCUAAUCUAUUUUGGAUCACAGUGAUGACGUGGCGGGCGUGACAUCGUGUCUGUGUGUGUGUAUGUGUAUAUGGAGAUAUAUAUGUAUGUGUGUGUGUGUAUGUAUGUAUGUAUAUAUGUGUGUGUGUGUGUGUGUGUGUGUAUAUAAUAUAUAUAUAUAUAUAUAUAUAUAUAUAUAUAUAAUCUAUCUAUCCUGCCGCGUAGUUCAAUCAGACUGUGCGCCAGGAGGGGGUUGGCUAGGAUCAACGGAGUUGAGUCUUCCUUAGUGAGCUGGGCGGUCACAGAGCGAAUGGAACGCGCGGCAGGAGUAGGUCGACUAGGAUUGAAGAGAAGUGUGUAAUGCCACAAUUAACAAUUUUGUUAGGGACCCAGGAUGUGUUGCCGGCCCAAAGGGAAAACCAGAAUUUGGUUGAACCAGAUGCCUUGAUGGCAUGAUAGUUAAUCAUGUGGCAGCUGGCUAGCAAGCACACAUUACCAAACUACAUUAAAUGGUUUUAAACAAAAAACCUUUUGGGUCAAUAUGGGGGUCAUUUUAUAUCCAAAAUCCCUAAGCAAAUCGCCAUUGACCGUUUUUAUGUUGUUUUAAGGAUUAGGAGAUAUGGUGGUUUUCAUUUGGGGUUUUUGCAGGAGAAUUGAAAACGAUUCUACAAGUCUACUGUGCCUCUUUUCCAGCUGUGCUUUCUUGGGCUCUGUUAUUCUAAAAUGUAAACUUGAUCAAUACCUUUGUAAUUAAUUGCCUCUGUGUGUGCCCAAUCGUCUCUGUAGUCUUACUUUGACCUCUGUUUUAUUUAAAGUAAUGUGUACUUUGUUUCCUUACAGAAAGUAUUUUUAUUGUUUGCAGUGUUUUGUUUGUUCUGUGCUAUAACUUUCAUUUGGCAUAUUAAAAUGUUGCUUGAAUCCAAGCUCCACGUUUUAUUUAUGUAUUAAGAUUAGUAAAGUGAGAUCCCUGAUCAGUGUUGUGUUCUACAUCUUAGUUUCAAGGUACAGUAUGUUUUAAUAAAAAUAAAAAAAAUCGCUAAGAUUAGUCACAAAAUAUUUAACUGUACAACUGUGUUCCUAAAAUUGGUAUCCCCAAAUAUUUGGCCUUGGUGACCAGAGAUCUGGGCAAAUUCUCCACAAUGGUUACAUUGUGUAAAGGGGAUAACAAAACUUUGACAGUGAAAAACAAGUCAAUACAACUUGAAUGACUGCACCCUUUACCUAGAUCUUGAAACCUAUUCAAGCAUUGAUCUUUUCUUUGUCUCUCAUAUCUGCCUACCAGUUAUUGGAGCCAUGAAAAAAUAUAAUAUCUGGUUUUGGAAUAGUGAGAAGAAUUGUACAACCUUCUGGUUGUGGCAACUAAAUAUUGCCUUGUACUAUCAUCUAAGGCUGGUUCAUACUGCAAGCCUCCCAACUGUAUUGAUUUCGGUGGGACAGUGCUGAUUUUUGGGUUAUGUCCCUGGUGUCCCCAACAAUGAUACUCACACUAGUGGCUGGCAUGGGUGACUGGUAGGUAGCCUGGCCAUGCUGGUCUGUCAAUUCUUCUGGCAGACUGUCCAAUUAGUGUCCUGUUUCACAGGAUGCCAGAGUUGGGAGGUAUGACUAGGUAUUUUGCAGAAAAUGCAUCCUCUGAAACUGCUCUAGAAAUAUUUUGAUCAAAACUAGACCUUACCUAAAGGGCUAUUUUACAAAACUAGCUGCCUUCAGUAAACCUUGUAAAAUGCAGCUGCUUAUGGAACUGCAAUAAGAAUUACGUAGAAUUACAACAUAACUUUAACCCCCACACUAACCUGCCACAUGGACUCACAGGCAGUUGGGUAAGCCAUUAAACAGUUCUUGUGUAAUGAUGUAUCUAUUGUAGUUUAAGGCACCAAUGUAAUCACCCAGAACACUUCAUCACAAUGAAGUGGUCUGGGUGCAGUGGCCCUGCAGUUUUUCUACCACAAUGUAAAAAAUUGCUGUUUUUUGGCAUACAGCAAUGUUUUUAUUGUGGGGUGAAAUGCACCCUUAGUGGUUAAGUGAGAACUGAGUCUUAUUAGAUUUUUAACUGCUAGAAGCACUGAUUGAGACAUUGCAGCGAUUGCUGUGCAUACACAUUAAGUCCACAAUACUUCUCAAUAAGAAAUUUUGGAUUGGACAAAAUGUUAACUAAGCAUGAUGAAAUCAGUGUAGGUGACCUGGGUUGCUCAAAAGAGGCUGUCUUGGCACUGGAUUACAAGUGAGUAAUAGGUUACUAUAAAGCUUUUUGUAAUGAAAAUAGGAGGACCCUGAAAUCUAAACAGACCAACAAAGACAAGUAAAGUUGCAAGAAAAAAUAUGUGAACCCUUUGGAAUGAUAUGGAUAUCUGCACAAAUUGGUCAUAAAAUGUGAUCUGAUCAUCAUCUAAGUCACAACAAUAGACAAUCACAGUCUGCUUAAACUAAUAACUCACAAAGAAUGAAAUGUUGCCAUGUUUUUAUUGAACACACCAUGUAAGCAUUCACAGUGCAGGUGGAAAAAGUAUGUGAACCCCUGGACUAAUGGCAUCUCCAAGAUCUAAUUGGAGUGAGAUGUCAGCCAACUGGAGUCCAAUCAAUGAGAUGAGAUUGGAGGUGUUGGUUACAGCUGCCCUGCUCUAUAAAAAACACACACCAGUUCUGGGUUUGCUUUUCACAAGAAGCAUUGCCUGAUGUGAAUGAUGCCUCGCACAAAAGAGCUCUGAGAAGACCUACGAUUAAGAAUUGUUAACUUUCAUAAAGCUGUAAAAAGUAUCUCCAAAAGCCUUGCUGUUCAUCAGUACACGGUAAGACAAAUUGUCUAUAUGUGGAGAAAGUUCAGCACUGCUGCUACUCUCUAUAGGAGUGGCCGUCCUGUAAAGAUGACUGCAAGAGCACAUCGCAGACGGCUCAAUGAGGUGAAGAAGUGUGACAGCGUGUCAGCUAAAGACUUACAAAAGUCACUGGCAAAUGCUAACAUCCCUGUUAGCAAAUCUACAAUAUGUAAAACACUAAACAAGAAUGGAUUUCAUGGGAGGAUACCACAGAGGAAGCCACUGCUGUCCGAACAAAACAUUGCUGCACGUUUACAGUUUGCACAAGAGCACCUGGAUGUUCCACAGCAGUACUGGCAAAAUAUUAUGUGGACAGAUGAAACCAAAGUUGAGUUAUUUGGAAGAAACACACAACACUGUGUGGCGAAAAAAAGGCACAGCACAGCACACCAACAUCAAAACCUCAUCCCAACUGUGAAGUAUGGUGGUGGGGGCAUCAUUGUUUGGGGCUGCUUUGCUGCGUCCGGGUCUGGAUGGAUUGCUAUCAUCGAAGGAAAAAUGAAUUCCCAAGUUGAUCAAGACAUUUUGCAGGAGAACUUAAAGCCAUUUGUCUACCAGCUGAAGCUCAACAGAAGAUGGGUGUUGCAACAGGCCAAUGACUCAAAGCAUAGACGUAAAUCAACAACAGAAUGGCUUAAACAGAAGAAAAUACGCCUUCUGAAGUGGCCCAGUCAGAGUCCUGACCUCAACCUGAUUUGAGAUGCUGUGGCAUAACCUCAAGAAAGCGAUUCACACCAGACAUCCCAAGAAUAUUGCUGAACUGAAACCGUUCUGUAAAGAGGAAUGGUCAAGAAUUACUCCUGACCGUUGUGCACGUCUGAUCUGCCACUACAGGAAACGUUUGGUUGAAGUUAUUGCUACCAACGGAGGUUCAACCAGUUAUUAAAUCCAAGGGGUCACCUAUUUUUUCCACCUGCACUGUGAAUGUUUACAUGGUGUGUUCAAUAAAAUAAUGGCAACAUUUCAUUCUUUGUGUGUUAUUAGUUUAAGCAGACUGUGAUUGUCUAUUGUUGUGACUUAGAUGAUGAUGAUGAUCAGAUCACAUUUUAUGACCAAUUUGUGUAGAAAUCCAUAUCAUUCCAAAGGGUUCACAUACUUUUUCUUGCAACUGUAUCUAACAAUUAGAAACCAGUAAUAUGGACAUCUGCUGGCAUGCUGACUAAAACUAUUAAAAAAAGGUUGUGCCAGAUAUUAUUGAUGACAAAUUGGCCAUGUUUAACCCCUUAAGGACACAUGACAUGACAUCAAUGGAUAAUUAUUUAUUUUCAUAUUGUUGUGUUCCCAGUGUGACAAGUAUGAGAGAAAGCUCUCAAAAAAACCUUCUUUUAGAAAUAACGCACGACUAGUAACAAUACCCUGGUGUAUUAUGUUGUGUGAAUGCUUAUCUCAAAUGAUUCAAAAAAGCUCAAGACAACAAAGCAGCUGUUUUAUAAACCCAUUUUAUAGGCUUCCUUAUUAAAUACUUUUUCAAAUUGUUUAAUGAAGAAAUACCAAGCAUUAUUUGUAGAGGUGGCUUUGAUUAAAGAACUUUUUGCAAAUAUAUUCUUCUCAUUUGCAACAUUCUAGCACUUUAGCACAUUGUUAGGGGUAACAAUUGCUGUAAUACAAUUCCAAUGUUGCUCAGUCAAGCAUGCAGGGAGAUGUUGUACAAGACAUGACAAGAAAAACUUUUUGUACGAUCUUUACAUAUUACGGGUUUUUUUUUUUUCUUUAAAUCCAUGACUGUUGUAUAGUUACAAUUCUUUCCUUAACUAAUGAUUACAUUUUGGCUUCAGAGCUACGUCUGUGAACUCCUCAACUGUGCCCGACAGUGCUUGUCUAAAGCUCAUACUGAUUGCCAAAUUCAGGACAUUGCUGUUUGUGCCAUGGCCUUUUAUAUGUGUCCAAAGUACUAAUUAGAUUUGCUCGUCCCCUAGAACUUGGGCCAGUAGUGUCUGCUUGCCAAACCCUUGGAUAAAUAUGAAUUGCUGCUUUGUUAAAGUAGCAAUUUCCAGUGGUACACAUUUUACAAUUGCUCCUAAAUGCAUUUGGCUACAGACAUCUAGUUAAUAAAAACAACUUUCUUCAUGGGAACACGUUUCCUUUUUAUCUCUCUCUCUCCAUUAAUCCAGUUCAGUUUAAAGUUUGAUAAAUUAGUCACUCUUACGGUUACAGGCAGAAAUGAUUAGCAUUUUGAGUUCCAUACAAAGCUAUGAUUCUGAAGCCCUUGGAAGCCUGUUCAAAGGUGAUUCUACUGUAUGUGUAGGCAUGCUUGUUUUCCUCAGUGUUCAUUCAGGUAUUCAUGAUUGGCAUGUUGCCACAAACUAACUGCUGGUCUUCCAGUCAUCUAACCUGCAUUCCUUCUGAUCCAUUACAAAUAAACACAAUUUUUACUGUCAGGUGCAGACUCCGUGUUGCAGGUUAAUUCUUAAAAUAGUAAAGUUUCUGUUGUGGUCAUGAUAGCAUGUUGAUUGGGAAAGUAACAGUUUAAGGUGAAGGAGUCUUUCUGCACACAUUCUGCUCCUAAAUGACAUCUACACUAUCCUCCUACAUUGCACUUUGUAUUUACUGCAGACAAAAUAAAAUUCAUGAUUAAUAACCAGGUCUAUCCGGAGGUCUUAACUUAACCUCUUCAGGUCCAAAGCUCUUUUGAGAUUGUGAUUUUUGGCACAUUUGUUGUGUUCAUUCUAAAACAAUUUCUUCCUUUCUUUUUGAAUGAACCCAUACAUAUUAUAUACCCUUUUUAAAUUUUUUAUUUUUUUAUAGGGAAAGUAGGGCUUCAUUUUGACACUCUACAUGUAUGUAUAACACAAUAUUAAUAUGAAUUAAAAAAAAAAUUUUUUUUAAACUUUGAAAACGUUUUACAUUUAACAAUUUCUAUACAAAUAAGUAAACCUUAACUCAAAGUUGAUUCACUAAUUAAUUAGUCCUAAUUGUUAAAAGGCCAACAUGUCUAUAAUUAAUUAUAUUAUAGGUUAUAAAACUGAGACAGCAAAGAGUGAAUUACUAUUUAAAAGCUAAAACUGAGCAAAAUUUGGCAUGUUUUUAGAUUAUUUUUAUAAUGGACACAAUCUAAAAGUGAUACACAAAAGUAUAUCUUUGUAGAACGUACAUACAGGCUAUUUAAAUAAGAGCAUUUUGACAUAUAUCAUUAGAUUAUUUUAUCACGAACCUAGGUCAAAAUAUUUUUUUUCACACAUGUUUUUAUUUUGUGGGAAAUCACAGACCACGUGUAUCUCACUAGUAUAAACACCCCAUUUUUGUAUUCUUCUAGGGUUUUGGAGUACAAAAAUACCCCACAUGUAUACCAUUGACCAAUACAUUUCUAAUCCUGCUGCUAAUCCCCCCCACCCUAAUCCUAUUUAUGAGGGAUUCUCUCUGUGAGCACUCUGUAUUGUGUGGACUUCCUCUUGUGCUGAAGCUCCUGAAUCUGUGAUUGUUGCAGGGCAGAUCCUGGGGGUCUUCUUCAUACAGGGGACAGACUCAGAAUCAGUUUAUUAUAGCGCAAAUGCUCAGCCAUGGUGAUUUUAAAUGACAAUGUGCACAUAACUCAUCUGUGAGAUUAAGGCCACUAACUGUGGCACCAUCUGACAGAGGAAACUUGGGUAUCCACUGAUAGCUGGGGCUUCUUGGUACCAUCAGGGUUUUAGACCUGUUGGUACUUUUAAAUAAAAUAAAAAAUCUUUAUUAAUGGGAGGAGACAAUAUGUACACGAGACAAGAGAGUGACAACAAACUGAUAACUUGAUAUAUAAACAAACUCUCUAUUAACAAAAUGUGUUGCUGUAGAGCAGUCCUCAAAGAUUUAUCUUUUAAUAAAAAUACUAAAAAAAAAAUAGCACAAAAAAACCCAAACCCUACAAUGUAUAGUGAAAGUAGAUGGGGAGGGAGGGGGGAGUGCUGUGGCAUAUUAGCCCAAAGGUAUAAAUUCUAUGAAUGAAUAUUCAAUCAGCUCAAAUUCCAUCUCUCACAUAAGCCCGCUAAGGAUCCUAAACGUUUGAAAAAGAGAAGUUUUCCUCUCCUUUUUUUAAAUUUUUUUUAAUUUGUAUUACAUUAAGUUGUUCACAAAGUUAUACAACUUUUCCAUUUUAUGCGAUAAAGAAUAUACUGGGGAAAUAACAAAUAUGGGUGCAUACAGUGAACGUAGAGGUAUAAUCCCAUAUCGAAACGUCUCUUAUUUGUUCACAUGUCUCAGAUGGCUGGGUGACCACUAACUGUUCUACAGAGUCAUAGUUAACAGCAACAAAUAUACAGUGAGCAGUUCCAGAACUGUGUGGUCAGGGGCUUGGGCUCCAAGCCACGACUAUAGCUUUUUGGUAGUGCUUCAAGGUGUAAUUUUAAAGUCUCGUUUGGGGAUGGCCCCUCGCUCAGCAGCUCUUUGUGUAGGUACCGGAUCUUCUGUCUGUGGCUGGAGUAACAGGCCCAUUUUUUGUUUUCCUCUAUAUUUUAAAUAACCUCUCUCAUUAAAGAUGGGUACACUUUUAACCAACCUACAGCAAUACAUCACCCAAUGUUCUAAGAUGUAGUAGUUUAUAAUAGUGUCUAGAUAAACCUGCAAUAGGCCUGGAGACUGUAACUUUUAAUGCAUGACAGUCUAUGCCGUCAACGAGCAUUACAGACUGUCGUUAAGGGGUUACAUUUUAAAGAAAUCUAUAACUUUUGUUUUCAACCAUUUUACAUUACUUACAAAUGUUACCUAAGAAUAGUAAGUUUAAACAUAAUGGGGUAGUGCGGCAAGUUUUUUUUAUUUAACCCUUACUGCUUGUUGGAACAUACUCCUAGUGAUCACCAGACCUCAGCUGAGGCCUUUCAAGUAUAGUACUAUCCAGACCGUGCAACACCCCAAGUACUUAGAGACACUCUCUUAAGAGACCAUACAAAGGAGUCGAUUCAGAAAAAUGUCUGCUGUUUAUUAAACAGAACAAAGGUUUUAUUAGAGCACGCAAUAAAGGGGAGUAUAGGGGAAGUAUCAUUAAUUACCAAUCAAAUAUGGACAACUAUUAACUAACAUCAUAAACAAGCUUGUGCAAACAGAAUAUUGAAAGCAUAUAACAAAUCAUAGCUCUAAUAUUUAUCAAGGGGGAUGUAGUAGGUGUGAUCUUCUUAGAAUAGGAGGGUGUAUGGGUAGUGUCUUCUUUGAAGAGGGAGGAGCAAAGAUGGUAAUGUACCAAACUACAUAUGUGCCAUCCUUGCAAUAUACAAGGCUGAUAUAUUAUUAUAAUUUCAGCUCAACAUAAAUUAAUAAUUUCACUGCACUUAGACUAAAGCCUCACAUCCAGCCUUCUUCUGGGCCCACGGCACCACCAAAACCUUUUUUGAAAGUGUCACCUGCUCAUAACUAUGUCCACACACCUUACUUUCUUUUAACAUUUCAUGACAGACCAUGUACCAUGGGCCGAGGCCAGCAGGGGAGGUCACUCUCGGCACUAUCCGAGCACUAGCUCCGCUGUUUUCCAUGUUUAAGUUUUUGCUUCGGGUUUGCCACUCCUUAGUCCUGAGGCUAUGGACCUAUGUAUCCUACAGCAGGAUGAUGAAAUCUCAAAUGAGGAGGCAUUUUAGCUGCUUACUGUACGCAUUAUGUUGAAAGUGUGCUUUCUGAUUUUUGUCAAACCAUUUUAUUAUUUAUAUAUAAUGUAAUAAAAAUAAAUGCACUCUAGGAUUCUAAAAAAGGUUGAUGUCCUGAUUAAAAGUUCAUGUUAUGAACUGAAACAUUGAAAGUAAAGAAGAAUUCUGGAGUGCUGGUAUUUUUCUACAUUAUAUUUUGUGGUACUGAGCACAGUGUAUUUAUUGAUUUCAGUGUGUGCGUGGUGUGUGUGUAUAUGUAUCUGUAUAUAUAAUUUCACUAUAUCAUGUCAUUAGUUGAAAACUGCACACAAGAGUGAACUUUUAGGACUAAUUAAUAGUGAGAUAAAGGGGUGGGCUAGUAAUGCAAUUGCAUUAAUGGCAGUUCAGCCUGGCGUGAAUGCACACCAGACUGCCUGUUCAUCAUCCAGGCCAACCUACCGAGGGCAGAUCCACCAUGGAACACUGUUUCAGUACUCUCUGCUACAUGGUCCUAGUGCACUGAGCAUACUGCAAGUGUGUCUAAUGAUGCGUUCUCCCUAUGCUUGUUGGGGACAGUUCCCAGGGAUCUAAAUAUGAGGCCUGUGUGUCAGUGUAUAACAGUUUGUGUUAAUCAGUGUAUGUGAGUGUGAGUGUUUGUGUAUAUAAGUAAGAGAAAUGGAAUGUUAGUGAGCUUGUGUCAAGGUGUACAUCCAUUUUUUAGAACAACCUUUGAGAGAUAUGUGGGUGUGUGUGUGUUUAAAGGGAUACUGUAGGCACCCAGACCACUGCUGCUCAUUCAAGUGGUCUGGGUGCAAUGCCCCAUGUCCUUUAACCCUACAGUGGUAAUAUAUUGCAGUUUCUGAGAAACUACAAUAAUUAUCUCUGAGGGUUAACUCCUCCUCUAGUAGCUGUCUACCAGACAGCAACUAAAGGAACUUCUGGAAUCUAAACUGACCUUUGGUCUGUUAUCUGACGCAGGACAUCCUCAUGCUCUGCAUGAAGACCUCCAGAGCCAGAUUUUUUUUUUUUCCAUAGGAAAGCAUUGAAUAAUGCUUUCCUAUGGGGAAAUUCUAAUGCGAGUGCGGCCGUUGCCUCGCAUGCGCAUAGGUCUCCCCCGCCAGCUGACGUCAGUAGUGGAGGAGCGUGGACAGAGCCUGAUCCAGCACCGAGGAACCUUAGCGCUGGAUUUAGGGAAGUGACUGAACAGGUUUUAACCCCUUCAGCACAGCGGGAGGUGGGGGGCGCGAGGGAGGGGGUAUGCAUUUGUAUAUAUAUUAAUAUAUUGGUAUAUGAAUGAGUGUAUUAUGAACAUCAUGUUAUAAAUUAUGUUUAUAAUAUGUACACAUGUAAACAUGAUUAUAAUACACAUAUUAAUAGACAUGUACAUGCAUAAUACACUAAGAAUUUACAUGAACACAUAUGAAAUGUAACAAGGGAUAUUUGUACUCCUCUUUCAGGAUAUUAAAUAAACAUUUAAAUUGUAGGAAACUAAACUUCAAAUAAUGUGGGCCAAAAUUACUGCUCUAUUUGAAGUGUGCUCAAUUGUAUUUAUUUAUUUAUUACACUUCACACUGUUGAAAUGUUGUGAUUUUUGAUAGGCGGCCCUAGGCACCUCCUGACCUUUUUAUGUAGCUGACUCCAUUUCCAGCUCAUGGUGGACAGACCCCAUUUUUUUCUAAAACUAGGAACCCACAACAUGCUCACAAUAACUUUCCAAUGAAUGCUUCUGCAGAAACAUGAAGGUUUGUGUGUAUACUUUUCAUCUGAAAGACUUGCAGAAAAAAGCAUAAAUGUGCUUUUGUGAGAGUUCAAGGUAAUAAAUAUUUCUUCACUCUUUGUCCAAAAGUAUAAUUUAUUACAAUUGUGACAUUUUGUCCGCCUGUUCAUUGCAUAUUUUAGUUUAUUAAAUGCUAAGAAGUAAUCGAGUAAAGAGAGAAUCUUUUCAAAAGUGGAAAACUGGCAUCGGUUGAUGAAUAGGGUAGUGCUGGGACCACCUUUUUGCUCUGUUAGAAGAAAUAUUGGAUUUUAAUAUAUUGGAGAUCCCCAAGUAACUGAUUUGGGAGCAUUUCAGGUCUGAUAUCAAGGAGCUGUUUAUGAUAGCAUGUCAGUUCCAUUACAAAAACAUGGAAAAUUAAUUUUGAUUCUCUAAAAGUGCAUGGCUUAUUUUUUUAGAAUGCAUUUGCCUGACAUACUUUGACUAUUAUGUUUCCUAGAUAACCACAACAUUCUAACAAUUAACCCUGGCAUGAUUUGAAAAACUUUCUACGUAGAGCGGAAAAUCCUUUACUUUUUUUAAGAAUUGAAGUACUUUGUAUCUUGUAAUUGAGAAUAGUUUUGUCAAAAACCUGUAUAACUCCAGAAAUUGUUCCCAACGUUAAUAGCACACAAAUCUAAAUUGCCCUUCUCUGGCACAUAUGGCAACCAUCUUUGAUGAGCAUGUUUAUACCAAUGCUGGGACAAACUUGCUGAAAUCAAGACUGAUGGCUGAAAUCAAGACUGAUGGCUUAUCUCAAAUGCGUCUCAGAGCGUCACUGAAUGAACUCCAAAGUCCUGUGUCAGCAUACUUUGCAUGAUGACACGAGACGUGAAAAAGAUUAAAUUAUUUUUAUAUUCAAUUUUAGUUAGUCCCUCAUGGCUUUCUGAAUGACUACAACUAGAGGAAUGGGGAUUACAAAACAUAAAUUGUACCAUUUCACAUAUAUAGCAAUCUUUUAGUUUACUAGGCUUCAGGGGGGGAAUCAUCUGUGUCUCAAAGAAUUUAAGAUUAGCCGAUCUCGGUGCUUACUGUCCCUUUAAAACUGAAAUUGGGAACAACCUAUUCAUUACUGACAGUUCCUCAUGACCCUUUGUUUGAUCUUUUUGAAGCUUACAAAACAAAGCAAGUCAAGCAAAUCCCUUCUGAAGAAUCAUCUUAUUGUGAUGAACAAUGCUUGAAUGAUUAGAGUGUGUGGAUUUUAUUUGUUAAUACUUGUCAUAUUCAAUGCCAUGCAUUGAGGACAAUAGAAUAGUAUAUUAGGAACAAUAUAUUCUAGAACACAGGAAUCUACAAUGGAUGUUAAGCAGAUUAGUAACAAACUAAAACCUUUGCUGGCAUGUAUUCUGCAGAUGGUACUGUAACUGAUUCCAACUUGUGUGAAAUAAUGAUGGUUGUAUGUCAACUGGACAUGGUGUUGGGAAAUGUACUUUUCCUCUCAUAUUGCCGUUUACUCAAUAAUAAUUAAGCAACAUCCACAAUUAAUUUAUUAUAAUAAUGUUGGGAAAUGCGAGGUCGAUUUUAUUAAUGUAUUGUUCAGAUUGAAUAAUAACUUAUUUUCUUAUGAAAUUGUGAACAGACUGUUCAUUUCCCCCCAGUCUAUCAGAUUUGGAUGUGGUCUGUGCAUACACGCUCUGCGGCUUGGCUCUUUCUCCUGGGAGGACAUUGUGUGCCCAACUUGGACAAACUUGAUAUUAAGUGAGGUGAGGGGGUGUUUAGAUCUGCAUCUACAGUCUAUAUACAAAUAAUUGCAGUUCAAAUCUACACUCUGAGCUGAGAGUUUGUGUAGGGUACUUAUUACUCCUGCAACGUUGCAGUCAUGCAAAGUUGUGUUGGUGCUUAGUACCUCCAAGAGAAACUGGACGAUGUAUUUCCAACAGUGGAUUUUAUGUUUGCUUUUACCAUACAAGGGUUGCGUGGAUUCGCUCAGCACACAGCCCCACAGUAUGUGAUACUAGGCUGGAUCCUGAAACUAAGUUUUAGAGAAUAGCAGUCUACCGAAUACAUCUCCAGGUCCAAAAUUUUGCAGUUGAGCCAUUGCCAGGAGCAGGUACUAUCAGAUUCAGUAGGAGUUGGUUUCCCUGUUUCCCUUGAGGCUACUCAGUCUGUUGGCUUUUAGAAACAUGUCUAUUUUUAUAUUCUAUUAUGUUAAGUAGUUUUAGAUUUUUUUUUAAAUUGUAUCUUGUACCGAUACUCUUUCUCUUUCAUACAACUAAAUAAAAAAGAUAGUUAAUUUACUAAAACCUGUCUCCAUCCUUUUCUUUUCUUAAUAGCGAUACCAGUUCUGUGUGUCAUCAUGACAUUUAAACACUCUUUCAGCAUUUACAGUUGCAGUUGAAUAAAAUAAAACCAUAACUUCUGCUACUAUUUUUGUUGUGGCAACUUUACCAACCCAUGAUUCCUCUGCGACGUGCUGCCACCCUCCGGCAUAUAAUGAAGUAAUGCACACAUGCGUAUAGCACUGCAAGCGUUAACUCCUUUUAUAUACAUUGCUGGAAAGAAAAAAUAUUUUUAAAAAACCCAAUUUUUUAAAGUUCUUAUAGCAAAACCAAUAACUAUCUUUUGGCUAUUCGACUAUUAUUUCCUAACCACCCCUCCCCCCUCCACCUAAAAUUGAGGAAGUGACCGUUCCUUUUUAAUAUUGGCAAUGCAUGUAAAGUGACAUUACAUUGGUUUUGUUCUAUGUUAAGUCAGCAUUUUGUAAACUUUGCAAAUCUACUUGUACACAUUUACACACACAGCUGUACAAAUAAAUAAGAAAAAUGUAACAAUUCUACACUACAGUACGCCUAUGCUGUCGGCCACAGUCUGUUAAGCUCUUCUAAUUGAUUCUGCUAAAAUGGAAUGGGAACUUUUGCUUUAAGAAUAAAACUGACUAUAAUAACCCCAGGGGACCCAUGUAAGGGUCAAAUUGUUUAAAUUAACCCUUUAGCGUGGAAUCUAAGCAGCAUAACCACUACAACAGUGUAUAGUGGUUAUGGUGCCAGAAGUGCCUCUUUCCUUUUUAGAGUCCUUGAAAUCUACAUAUUGGGAAUGUGGUAGAAUACAUCUAGGAAAACUAUAUAGUUAUUUUUAAGGAGAAAAAAAUGUUUCUUAUUACUAUGUCAAGUUGUUAAAACAUUUUGUCCCCGUUGACUGUAGUAUGAGAGGUUCAGUUAUUAAAUGUAUUUUACUAAUACUAUCUUGCAUCUAAUCAUACACACUUCUGUGUGUUUGUUUCUGGCUGAUUUUAGCCUUCUCUGUCCCAUGCCCAGGUGUGCUGUAAAACAAAGGCUCCAAUUGUGUAUGUGUAUAUGCAUGAGAAGGAAAAUACAAUGGUUGGGUAUGAAACCGAGAUAUACAAUUUAAAUGAGUAUUCUAAAAACAAAUGUUUGCAUGGAGAAUUACAGCAGAAGCCAAAUGAUGAUGGAUGUAACAUGCAUUCCUAAACUUGUUUUAUUUCUUUAAAUUAUUAUUAUUUAUGUAUUUAUUUGCAGAGUAGUUGGAUCAGAUAUUUUCCACUUGUUAAAAAACAAACAAAAAAAAAACAGUUGGAAGAUGCAUGCUGUAUAUGAAGCAAACUGAAACCUUGUCUUGCGCAGUCAUUUCAUUAACCCUUUCACGCUGAUGUUGAAGCAUGUACAUAUAUCCUGCUAAUCUAGCUUCAGGUAUUCUCUAGUGAUUAUCAGGGCUGUUCACUAAACUAAAAUCUGAAUGGCAAAACUGAGGACAAAAUAAACAAAUGGUGACUAUUUCAGAGUUGGAGAAAUUGGGAGGAAAGUGAAUAAUGCUGUUUGUAUCACAUCUUUGCUCACACACUCCUAAAGUCACUCCCACUGUUACCUCUAUUAUCUAGCAGGGUGAAAGCAAGAUGUCCAUUCCCUAAAUAAAGUAGACCUGAUGUGGAUACCUACCGGUUUUAGCGUAAGAUUCAUAUAGCAUUACUGCCGGAUAUAUCUUUGUAACCAUUUAGUAUUACUGCUGGUUGUGUCGUAUCCCAGUAGGCAUACCUGGCUGUAGCCUAGUAAUAGUUUAGCAUAAUUGAUGAUUAUCCAGGAUUCUCCAGAUCUUAUCAGUGUUGCAGUCCCGGAUUUAACAUUUAGUCUUGCAUUUAACCAUUAAGGGAUUAGCACUGGCAUUAAAUGUGAACACUAUUGUUUAAGCAGUGUUUUAUUAUAAUGAUACCUGCUCUUCUUUAGUGCAGAUUUUACCUUGUGUUCACAAUACACCCUCAGGAUUACUCACUACCGUGAGAGUUCAAGGUUCAAUUCAAAUUGGAUUUUAAAUUCAAAGCCAAAAUAACAAAAUUGGAAAUUUAUUCUGGUCAGCUGAGCUUCCACUUUAGCUACUUUGGCGUACAAUUUGAAAUUCACUUUGAAUUAUUUUGAAUUCUCACUUUUGUGAAUAACCCUGUAAAACGCAGGCCAUGAGUGAUGAUGCUUUAUUGAAUUAGGGCCUUACUAUAGACUCCCUUGUCCUGUCUUUCUGUCCCCUCCUGAGACGCAUUGUCCCUCUGGUUAACUAUUUUGAUCUUGGUAAUUCUGCAAAAGAGACCUAUGACAGGACUGUGAUUACUCUCAUUUUUAAUUUUAAUCCUUUCUCUGGCAGAGCAGAUUAUCCCAUCAUAUGUCAUAGAGGAUUAGGGUUUUCUCUUCUGUAUUUCUGCUACAAUCCACCAUUCUCUCACUCUGUAGUCUAUGUACUUCUUUACAAACGCUGAUUGUGUGUUCAGGCUGCCAACUAGUAGCCGUGAUUUACUGGUCUCCUCCGGCAUAAUCCAUCACAUGAAUCAUGUGUUUCAUUGUGCUUCUGAUUAUUGGAGUAAUCAUUAAAACCCUGACUCGACACAUGUGAAACCCUCUAACUUGAACAAUGCAGAUUAUUUCAAUGCUAGUUAUUCAUUAAUUUAGAACAAUGGUCAGCAGGCCAAUAUCUUAGACAGACUUCUUUAAACUUGAGGUCACUUGAUUCUACAUGCUAUUAAAGCAACAGCAGCUCAUAAAGUGAAAGAUCAAUAGCAUGUAUAGUAUAGAUUCAUUUAAAAAAAUAAAUAUAUAUAUAUAUGAAUACCAUGCUUCCUUUCCUUCACUUUUUACAUGCUGAUAGAUGAAGAUUUCGUCUAAGGCAAAGAAAAUGGAUAAGCAAUAAGGAUAUGGAAUUCUCUGCCUGAAGAAGUGGUUUUAUCAGAGUCCAUACAGAUGUUCAAACAGCUACUAGAUGCUUACUUGCAAAAACAGAAUAUUCAAGGAUAUAAUCUCUCAAUGUAGGGUAAUAACUGCUUGAUCCAAGGAUAAAUCUGACUGCCAUUCUGGGGUCAAGAAGGAAUUUUUUUCCUAGUUUGUUGCAAAAUUGGAAGUGCUUCAAACUGGUUUUUACCUUCUUUUAGAUCUACUGCAAAAAACUGUGGAUGGGGAGGGGGGGGGGAGUAGGGAAGAGGGGGGAAAUCAGUGGUCAAAAGUGAUAUUUAGAAGCAAGCAUUUUGAUAUUUUUAAUGCUUUAUCUUUUCUACUGCAUCGAAUCUUGGGUGGUAAACCAAUCCUGAAGUAUCUCUUAAAAAUUAUGAUAUAUCUAAAUACAAACUAAUUUCUUCAAAUGAUGAUUACUAGAUUGCAUAUUUAUAGUUGCCAACAUUUGACAAACAUUUCAAGGAACACUUUGGGGGAGAUUUCACAUUCGCCAACAUUUUAAUAUCUAAAUUUCAGCUAAUAUUUGUAGCAUUUUUUUUAAAUCUAUAUAUUGCUUCUUAAAGGCCCCAAAUAUAUUUGCUAUCGUAUUAAUUAUUCAAUUGUUUUUAACUCGGUUUUCCUAUAUUCUGUAAAGGUGUCCAGUAUUUUAUUUAAAGUGUGUGUGUGUGUGUGUGUGUGUGUGUGUGUGUGUGUAUAAUAUAUAUAUAUUUUUUUUUUGUGUUUUUUCAACAUUGGAAAGUAUACAAUUUAGAGAGGUGCGAUCAAAGGCCCCACUUUGCUGUCUCUUAAUAGACACAAAAUACAGAUUCGGGGAACAGCGCACAUGCAAAAAUACACUUUUUACAUUUUGUCUUGUGAAAUUACUAAAAGAAAAUUGCGUGUCUUGUCAAAUAGGGGGAUUUAGUCACAAAAUAUGACCGCACCAUGUUUAAGCUAAACACUUUUUUUCAAAGUGCAAUAAUCUGAACUAUUGAGAGAAGCAUGCUAACUGCAAUACAUACUUGAGUAACUUGAGCAGCAAUAUUAAAAAAUGCAUGCUCUGCUUUUGUCUCCACCCCCUCCUCCCCACCUUGAUACAACAAAGCAUAUUAGACUGACAUGCAUGCACACUAAGCUUAAUGGUAUCCUUGACAGCUAUCCUCCAGGGAAACCAAAGUGAUGAAUACCAACAGCACAUUUAUAUUAGUAGACAUGCCUAUUUCUGAUGCCCCUAAAUACAUAGCAUGACAUAUUCCACACGUAUGUAGGUCUUUAUAUUAUGCAACUUUAAAAGAAGUGUUCUAUUGAAAAAAGUAUUAGACACCAUGCAUAUAUUUGGUGUCCCCCUCCACAUUCAUCAAACAAACUGUAUCUUUGGGGAGCAGUGAACCAAUACACGUACUAGAAUAUUAUUUAUAUAAUCAUGAAGGUGUCCUCCUGUCCAUAAAACAAACUAUUUCUACAUUAAAUACUGAAACUGGAGUAGGAUUUGAAUGAAUCUUUCACUUAGAUUUUUUUUCUUAGUGGUAUUAUUCUGCAGACCUUUCUUUGAAAGGUGUUAAAACAUGAAGAUCAUUUCCAGGGCCAGAUUAAGAGCCCAUUGGGCCUGGUGCUGACAAUUACGAUGGGCCCAAUUACAGAAUGUUAUCAACGAAAACAUUUAAAGGAGUUUUACCUCCCAAUCCUCAAGUAUCUGGUGGAGGUGGUGCUGGAAGGAAACAUACAGGAUAUAACUAUUAGAAAAUGUAUACCCUAUGCUAAUCUCUCGGUUUCAUCUUUCAAGUAAAUACAUACCCCCUAACAGCAGUGUACGGUGAAACUGAAUGUUGGUGGGCGAGUAAAAGGGUGGGCCACUAAUGUGAAUCACGUAACAGAACCGCCCAAAGGGGAAACAUGCCCAAAAAGGGGGCGUGUCUGCAAGAAGAAUUAGCUGGUCAGCAUUGUGUGAAGGCUUGUCAGAAUGCCUACAAAUCAUACAGGAUGACCAACCAAGGGCAUACUGUGCAGACAGCACCCUGAGCUUGGCAUAAAUGUGUCUAAUUAUGCAAUUACUCUAUAUGCUUUCUAAGGACUGUCCCUUAGCAGUCGCUGGUCCACUCCUCUCCUAACCUUAUUAGCAGGCAGUAGCUCCUGUUGUAUAGUGAAGAAAGGGAACAUGCCACAGUGUUGGAGAGACUGAAGCACCAAGAGCAUUUUCAUAGUGCGCAAAGUCCGCUUUACCUUAACUAAUUUCAUUGUCAAAAUAAAGAGAACAUUACCUGCACUAUGGCCUAAAUCCCCAUGUACAUUUAAACAAAAUGGAGGCUCUUUAGUUGUAUUCCAAUGGCCAUUUGAAUAUAAGCUCAUCUGCCACGUCAAGGCAAGCCCUGAAAGGUGAGUCCUACACUAGUCAUUAGAUUUGCUGAUAUCAACCUAGAAUCUCCAAUGCGACACCAAGGGGUAUUUUAUAAAUCCUUUAUAGGGCUUCUACACAUACAAUAAACUUUGCUGGUAUCAGACAAAGUGUAAACCUCUCUAACAGAGCUAGACUGGGAGAAAAAUUCGGCCUGGGCAUUUUUUUAUCACAGCGGCCCACUAAGAAGGGGGCGGGGCAGAGAGGGUGUGUUUCGUCAUCACCAAUGACAAACACGCCCCCUCUAAAAGUGAGCAUGUUGGUUCAAUGCUCUUCCAGUGCAGACCAUGCGUAGAACUUUGCUAAAGAGCUCUAGCAUGAGAAAAAAAAGCCCUGUAUUUGUUCUGUACAGUGCAAGCAAAUUGUAUAACAUGUUUGCACUGUGUUUCCUUGCAACUUGUCUCUGUUGUCUCCUGGUAUCCAUUUAUAGAGACACAAGGGCCAAGAAAGAGUAGUGUGCAUGAGUUUGGAGCCUGCUUGUGGGAUUGCAUGUGUGUAGAGUGAGCUGAUUGAGGUGUGGUAUUGUGUAAUAAGGUCGGUUUUAGUUGUUUUUUUGGUGUAAUGCAUAUGUGGCUAAGGGCUGUAGAGAAUGUGUGUGAGUGUGAGUGUGUGUGUGUGUAUAGGGGAUGUAGUAAGUGUGUGCAUACAGGCUAUAAUGUGUGUGUGUGUAUAGGUGAUGUAGUGUUUGUAGGGGUUGUAGAGUGUGUGUGUUUAGGGGCGUAAUAUGUGUUUGUUUACAAUGAAUCUAGUGUGUUUAUAAGGGAUCCAGAGUGUGUAUUUUAGGAAUGUAGUGUGUGUGUGUGUAGGUGGUGCAGUGUGUAUGUAUACAGGAGUCUAGCGUGUGUUUGAAGGACCCAGAAUGUGUAGGACAUCUAGUGAGUGUGUGUAUAUAAGGAUUCAGAGUGUAUAAAGGGUUCUAGUGUGUGUGUAUGAUCCAGAGUUGGGUAAGGGAUCUAGUGUGUGUCUGGAACGUAAUGUGUUUAGGAGUGCAGUAUGUGUGUGAGGGGUACUGUAGUAUGUGUGUCUAUGUAUGUAUAUGUGUGUGUGUGUGUGUGUGUGUGUGUAUAUAUGUGUAUAUAUAUAUAUAUAUAUCUCAUAUAAAUAUGUUCAGAAGUAUUGUGUGUGUUUUUGGUGCAGUGGGUGUCUGUGAGGGAUCUAGUGGGUAUGUGAAGGUUGCAGUAUGUGUGUGUAAUGGAUGCUGUGUGUGAGGGUGCUGUUUAUGAUGUGUGUGAGGGUGAUGGGUGUGAGGGUGCUGUGUGUGAAUGUUAGAAGGGAUUGUGUGUGUGUGUGGGGGGUGGUAAAAAAUAAAAUAAGUAGGCAUUAUUUCCCCACCCCUCCCUUCUUACCUUUAGCCUGGGAGGAGGGGACCGGCACGGUGGUAUCUGGGAGGGGGGGCCGGCACGGUGGUAUCUGGGAGGGGGGCGGCACUCUCACUCCAUUCCUGGUGGUCCUAGUGGGUGAGUGAACUCUAGCCUAGGGCUAGAGUUCACGGUCGCGAGAUCGGGGUUGUCAUGAUGUCCUGUGACCUCCCCUGCCGGCCUCGGCCCAUGGCCACUGCGGCCCACCGGGCAUUUGCCCGAUGGCCAGUCCGGGCCUGCUCUCUGAGAUAUGAGAGGGUGUUUUAUAAAUAAGCCCUAAAUAAGGCUAUAACACAUAUAAAUCACCUUGCUGGUAUCAGCUAAAAGGCAAAUUUCUCAGUUGAGACAGGAAGGGGUGCUGCCCCUACAUACUUAUAAACUCUAAGACAAACAUGGGGUGGCUGGCAGCAAUGUAACAUAACUGUGUGAUACAAACAUCAUAUACAAAUACAAAGAUAAAGCACAGCGUUUACAGCAGCAGUUUUCACUGUCAGCCAGUCCACACCAGUGUUGUUCCCCUACAUCUCUCUGAAGUUUCCAUUCUUAAGCAUGAGUAAGUGAAGAGUAGUAAAAAAAAUCUUUCUCUCUCUCUUUCUCGCUCUCUUUCUCGCUCUCGCUCUCGCGCUCUCGCGCUCUCGCGCUCUCGCUCUCGCGCUCUCGCUCUCGCGCUCUCGCUCUCGCGCUCUCGCUCUCGCGCUCUCUCGCUCUCGCGCUCUCUCGCUCUCGCUCUCUUUCUCGCUCUCUCGCUCUCUCGCUCUGAAAAUCCUCUACUAUGGCUACACUAAAGAAAAAACUAAUAUGUGGUGGUGGAGGGUUAAGAUAUAAACAAUGUGGGCACGCAAGAGGGGGUAUGAGACAUGUAAGGUAACUUAAGAGGUAAACAAAGUUAUAUGGGGGUUUUCUGAGGCACAACAUGAUUCAGGCAACAUGCACUAGCAGAUGAAGGGGUGUGGAGAAACACAAAGAGGAAUGGAGUAGCACACAACAAAAUUACAGUUCUGGGGGGUUUCAGGCAAGUGCCAUAUAAUGUAGAUAUGCCUCUGGUAUCUAAUAUACUCCAAUUCUUUGUUUCUUUUGUAUAUGUACUCUGUCACACACUCUGUAAUUCUGUAAAUCCUAGCUCAAUUAUUUCAUUCAUGCAGCAGUGCCUCAGUUGAAGAACUUGUACCACAUGCACUUUAAAUUUAGUAAUUUCCUUGGAGCAAUGUGGUAUGAAGUCCAAAUUAGUGUUUUGUAGUUGUUUUCUAAUUCAUUGUUGCAUAGUGCAGUAAUGUUUCCUCACUGCUGGAAAAAUGAAAACAAAUGUUUUCUUCAUUAAAUAUUAAUUGUUUAGUAUGAAAAAAUAUUAAGAUUGGCUUUGAACUCUCUCCAGAUGGAAAAAGGUUCUGAUUUUAUGUUUAUGUUAUGGGCCUUGAUCUUAAUCCAUUCAUUUCAAGAAUAGAGUAUAAACAUUUUUACUUUCCUAUACGUUGGAGAAGAAAGUUAGUCCAUGAAGCCUAACUUAUAGUCUAGAAUGAUUACUAGCCUGUAGAGGAAAAAAAUCACCUAGAAAAUUCUAGUUGCUCAUUUAAUUCCUGCAAGUGUGCUAAAAAAGGUUAUCUCAUCCACUACUAUCAAAUAUAAAGUACGUUUUUUAAUGGGUCUUACCAUUCCUAGUUAGGGAGGGGAGUAACGGUAAAUGGAUAAUUUCACUGUCAGCGUUACAUUACAUUAGCAUUUCAGAGUAAUUACAGUAGCACAAUUUAAAAUGUUUAUUUUAAUAAUAUAAUUUUGACUUUAUUUACCAUAAUGUUGGCAUUGUGCUUAAAGGACCACUCUAGGCACCCAGACCACUUCAGCUUAAUGAAGUGGUCUGGGUGCCAGAGAAACUGCUAUGUUUAUUAAUGGGUUAAGCCUUCCUCCAAUUCCUCUAGUGGCUGUCUCAUUGACAGCCACUAGAGGCGCUUGCGUGCUUCUCACUGUGAUUUUUCACAGUGAGAGCACGCCAGCGUCCAUAGGAAAGCAUUGUAAAUGCUUUCCUAUGCGACCGGCUGAAUACGCGCACAGCUCUUGCCGCGCGUGCGCAUUCAGCCAGCGGGGCGGAACGGAGGAGGAUCGGAGGCAGAGAGCUCUCCGCCCAGCGCUGGAAAAAGGUAAGUUUAAACCUCUUUCCCCUUUCCAGAGCCGGGCGGGAGGGGGUCCCUGAGGGUGGGGGCACCCUCAGGGCACUAUAGUGCCAGGAAAACGAGUAUGUUUGUUUUCCUGGCACUAUAGUGAUCCUUUAAUGCAGACACAUUUUGUUGUCUUUUUCAGUAACUUCUACUGCAAGUUAUACAUUCAAGGUCCUUACAAUUCCCUACGAGCAGAGUAUUUGACCAUUUUUAUUAUUUAUCUAUUGGUGUCACAGCUACUGUAUGUAAGAAAAAUAGACUUUUGCUUUUAUGCUUUCAUUUCAGACUCUAGGAAUGUCCACCUCGAGGAGGACAGGCCCCCAACAGUGGCAUACUAAAUCAACAUGCUACCUGCAAAGUUGUUCCCGUUGUGCUGAACGCUCCUGGAGGAAGUCUCGCAUCCAGGCAGACUUUCUCUAUUAUAGAUUCAUAUUGUAUUAAUACAGCGCAGCCCUUGCCCUCUCCAAACAGUCAUAAUUUUCCUCUCUAAUUAGUUCAUGCUCCCGCAAUCCCAAGCAUCUCUUUGACACCUUUAACUCUCUUCUUCGCCCUGCUGUGGCCACCUCCCAAACUAACCUUACAACCGAUAGCUUUGGUGUAAAUUUUAGAAAAGCAAUCUGUAAACAAAAUUAAAAUUUUUCUUUCCAAACAAAAAGGGCUUGGUAGUAAAGAGGAUAAUUAUAUUAUUGGUGCUUUAAUUUACAGUCAAUUCGAGUACCUAAACCGUUUUCAUGCUAUUACAUUUUCAGACACACUAUCGCACCUAGAUUGUGUGUGUUCAGUCUCUGAACCAAUACCAAGGCUGCAUACCUAAUACAAAAUAUGAAAUACAAUGCUGACUGUUUACUAAGAAGUGCAUUGUCACAUAGUGAGUUAUAUUAUCCUAGAAAGGCAUGACUAAAAUGUUGUAACUAUAAAAUUGGCUUCCUUUUGGAUGUGUAGAUCCAUACAUGUAAAUACUUUACCAACAAGAUUGAAGGAAAGAAUUCUCCCCACCUUGCUGUUUUCUUUCUCAACCACAUGCAGGUCAUGCCUUUCCUACCCUUCAGACUUUCUCCCCGGUUACUGAACAAGAGGUGGCUGCGCUUUUCCUUUCCUCUUGCCCCACCACUUGCCCGCUCAAUCCUGUCCAAUCUCACCUUAUCAGAUCUCUCUCCCCUUGUCUUGUGCCUUCCUUAACACACAUCUUCAACUGCUCUCUCUUCUGGAAUUGUCCCGGCUGACCUUAAACAUGCCACUGAAAUACCUAUCCUGAAAAAAAAAAUCUCUUGACCUGUCCUCCUCCUCUAACUAUUGUCCCAUAUCCCUGCUCCCUUUUUCCUCAAAGCUUCUGGAAAGACUUGUCUUUGCCCGUGUGUCUCACUUCCUCCAUUCCAACGCUCUUCUUGACCCUCUUCAAUCUGGCUUCUGCCCUCUCCACUCUACUGAGACUGCUUUUAUCAAAGUUAUUAACGACCUAAUCACUGCUAAAUCCAAAGGCCACUACUCCAUACUAAUUCUUCUUGACCUCUGUGCUGACCUUUGACACCAUUGGUUAUGCUCUCCUUCUUCAAACUCUUCAUUUACUUUUGUCUCUGUGACUCUGUCCUCUCUGUCCACUCUUAUCUCUCCCAACACUCAUUCGGUGUCUUCCUGUCUUGGCUGGAGUCCCCCAAGGCUCUAUCCUUGGUGCCUUCUAUUUUCUCUUAUACUGCCUUUCUUGGCAAACUUAUUACCUCUUUUGGAUUCCACUACCACCUGUACCUUGAUGAGACCCAGAUAGAUCUCUCCUCCCCGGACCUCUCCCCUGCCAUCCUGCAAUGUGUCACUUCUUGCCUUUCUUCAUCUCUGACUGGAUGUCCUCCCGCUUUCUAAACUUAAUCUUUCCAAAACAGAACAUCUUGUCUAACUUCCUCCUAAUACUGAUCUUCCUCUUUUGCUCUCUCUUCAAGUUAGUGGUAUCCACAUAAGUCCAUCCUUGCAUGCGCGCUGUCUUGGCGUCAUACUUGACUCUGGCCUCACCUUUGAGCCUCAUAUCCAAUAUGUUGCCAAAUCCUGUAGAUUCCAACUUAAAAAAAUAACCCACAUCCGGCCUUUUCUUACACAAGAUGCUACCAAGGAGCUUGUUCAUGCUCUAAUAAUUUCCUGCAUAGAUUAUUGUAACCCUCUCCUAGUUGGUCUUCCCAAAAGCCGUAUUGCCCCACUACAGUCUGUAAUGAAUGCUGCCGCCAGACUGGUUUUCCUCUCUAGUCAGUCCUCGCACACCUCACCCCUCUAUAAGUCCUUACAUUUGCUUCCUGUAUCCUAUAGGAGACAAUUCAAAGUGCUAACGCAUACCUUUAAAGCACUGAACAAUUCUAGCCCCUCUUAUAUCUCUUCAAAGAUCCAUAGGUAUGCACCUUCUCGUUCUCUCCGCUCUGCCUGUGACCUUCUCCUGUCUGCUGCUCGCAUCCGUACGGCCAACUCACGUUUGCAGGACUUCUCGCGGGCGGUUCCCUUGCUAUGGAAUAGCCUGCCUAGUGCCAUCAGACUCUCCCCUUGUCUUCAAUCAUUUAAGAAGUGCAUUAAAUCAUCUCUUUAGAAAGCUUAUGGCCUCCCAGACUAACCUCUACCUCACAUACCUGUCUCCUGCUCUCUCCUAAAGGGCAGCACUCUACCCUCUCCUCCAGCUCAGCUUCACUCCCACCUUAUUUGAUUGCUAUUUCCUGUCCUAAUGUGUUUUAUACCCCACCUCCUAUAGACUGUAAGCUCUUUGAGCAGUGUCCUCUUCAACCUAUCGUUCCUGUAAGUUUUCUUGUAAUUGUCCUAUUUAUAGUUAAAUCCCUCUCAUAAUAUUGUAAAGCGCUACGGAAUCUGUUGGCGCUAUAUAAAUGGAGAUGAUAAUAAUAUGGGAGAUAUGCAAGUUAAAGAAUGUUUUAUACUGUAUAAUGUUUUCGAUUCAAUUACUAUACUGUAUCAAUGAGUAACUUGACAAUAAAAAUGGUGUACAUUUUUUAGGAAAGCAAUCUGUAAACAAAAUUACCAUUUUUCUUUCCAAACAAAAAGGGCCUGGUAGUAAAGAGGAUAAUUAUACUGUUGGUGCUUUAAUUUACAGUCAAUUCAAGUACCUAAACAGUUUUCAUGCUAUUAAAGUUUCAGACACACUAUGAUACCUAGAUUGUGUGUGUUCAGUCAUUUAGGUUGUUUCUUAACCAAUACCAAGGCUGCAUACCUAAUCCAAAAUAUGAAAUACAAUGCUGACGGUUUACUAAGAAGUGCAUUGUCACAUAGUGAGUUAUAUUAUCCUAGAAAGGCAUGAGUAAAUGUUGUAACUAUAAACUUGGCUUCCUUUUGGCUGUAUAGAUCCAUACAUGUAAAUCAUAAUGUAGUAAAGUCAGUCCAAUAAUGCUUCAGCCUACAUUUCGCUUGGCAUUAAAAAAAGUGUGUUGUCUUGCUUAUCCAAUGUGACAGUUAGUCAUGCCUGUAUUUCAUAGAAGAUUGCUUUAGUGUUUUUUUAUGUGGCAGAAUGAGGACACACUUAAAAACUGUCUGACUCUUUUUUUUUUUUUUUUUUUUCCUGUAAUGCUUUUUACCAAGUAAGAUUGGUAAUGUACAGGUUAUUAAUAUCUGGGUCUGAAAUGUAGAUGAAUAAUAUAGAAUGUGCUGCUUGUACUCUUUGAUGGUUUAGGGUAUGGGGCUAAAAUCUAUGUACAUACCUUUUUAUACAAUCCUAGUGUUUUGUUUGUGUGUGUGUGUGUGUAAAAUAUACUCUUCUCAAGUAAUGUCUUUAAAAAGAAUGUUUUAUAUAGAAUGUAUGCAUUUAUCUGUAUAAUUAUAAACACUGUAUUAUAAUGUAAAACACCUUCAGAAUAUAUUUUUAUAACCAUUUUUUUUUCUCUCUUUAUUUAAGGGCUUUGAACAUGGGAGGAAAACUGAGCAAGAAGAAGAAGGGGUACAAUGUGAAUGAUGAUAAAUCUAAAGACAAAGACAAAAAAGCCGAAGGAGCAAAUACAGAGGAAGAAGGGACACCUAAAACCAACGAUGAGACUGAGUCUGCUGUAGAGAGUACGGAGACAAAAGAAAAUAAAGAUGAAAAAAAUGAUAAAGAUUCACAAGCGGCAGAAAAAAAAUCAGAAAGCAAGGAGGGGGAGAAAGAUGCCCCGAAGGCAGAUGGAGUGCAAAAAACAGAGAGCGAGAAUACAGAAGCUAGCUCUGAUGCGAAGGUGGAAACUCAGAACACUGACCCACCAGUAUCCAAGCAGGAGGAGUGUGCUGCAGCUCCUGCUCCAGUUACUAAUAGUGAAGGGCCAAAAAUCUCUGAGCCAAGCACUGAGGCAAAGGUUUCCCAGCCUUCGGAAGCACCAGCACCAAGUAAAGUAGAUGAAAAGAGCAAAGAGGAUGGGGAAGCCAAAAAGACUGAGGCUCCCAAUGCCCCAGAAGCCAAAAGCGAGACCGCCCCAGCUUCAGACUCAAAACCUAGUGAAGCUGCUCCAUCUUCCGUGAAGUCUCCAGAAAGUGAAGCUCCUAGUUCUACUACUAAGGCCUCUGAGCCUGCAGCUGAUGAAGUUAAAGCACCUGAGACCCCAGCAGCUAAUUCUGAUCAAACCGUAGCAGUUCAAGAGUAAAAUGGACAGCCUGUUUGAAAUAACCAUUUACGACAACCUGCAAUGUUUGUUUGUUUUUUUUCUUCUUUGUUUUUUGAUUAUAUAUUUUUUUUCAGCUAUACUAACAAACUUGAUUUUAGAUCUGAGAUAAGUACAUGUAAAGCCCAGAAGGGAUAUACAAAUUCCAAAUAGUAUUUUUGUGGGGAAAAAUGUACAAAGAUAAAAUUCACAUUCCACCAAUUCUUGUCAAUUUAACAAUUAAAUUAAACAAGAAGGUAUACAAGUUUAGGAAUAGACGUUUGUGAGCAAAAAAUGAAUCUUUUUACAUCAGAACAGUAGCUGCAAAAAAAAACAACCCAUUUUUUUUCCCUUCUGCAAUAAGAUUGCAGGAGAAAUAUUAUCAAAUUUGCCCAUAGGGCUUGUGCCAAGGCAAUCAAAUCUUUCUUAGAGAUAUUUUUUUUUUUUUUGCAGUCAAUAUUCUUUAUUAUAAUAUAUCUUUUGUUUUUUCUUUUACUUUUUUUUUUUUCCUUUAAUUUUUUAAAUGCAGUGAAUAACGGCCAAACUUUUCCAACUGAACCCACUUUAGCUGUCUCUUGAUCCUCUCCAGAUAUUUUGGGAGCAACAGCAUCCUCAUCUUACUUAGUCUAUCUAGAUUUCUCAUGAUGAAUUAAUGCAUGUCUGUGGUUGGGUGCACCUGUAGUUCUGUUUUAUUGGUCAGUGGAAAUAAUAAUAAAAAAAGUCUGCGUUGAUUUGCAGUUCCAGUUUUUCUUCCAUUCUAUGUCACAGACACCAACACAACACUCAUUUGGAAAACAAAACAAAAAAUUUAAAAAAUAGAAAAUACAAAAAAAUUACAGAAAUAAAUAAGGAAGAUGUAAAAUGGAUGCAUUGAAAUUAUAUGUAAUUGUAUAAAUGGUGCAACAGUAAUAAAAGUUAAAUAAUUAAGACAAAUGUUUAACAGUUGAAUUGUUUUAUUUCUUUCGAUUUUC